AACUACUGGCAGGAAGGCAGACGGAGAAUGUGAGCAAUGGGCUGGCGCGCAGUGAUGACGUUCUGUCGGUUUCUGAUGACGUACGAUAGCGAUUUUGGUCUGCUAUGGUUGCAGCAUGGCUUCUGUGCUACUGAGUGAGGCGGAGAAAGUGUACAUCCUGCAUGGAGUCCAGGUACGGUGGCAGAUAGAGCAUGCUAUAAAGCAGGCUUCCCCAAACUCCGGCCCUCCAGAUGUUGCUGAACUACAACUCCCAUGAUUCUCAGCCUAUCUUUUUUCAUUCAUAGAAUCAUGGGAGUUGUAGUUCAGCAACAUCUGGAGGGCCAGAGUUUGGGGAAGCCUGCUUUAUAGCAUCACAUGGCUGAAUGGUACCUGCUAUGAUAAAUGCCAUUCAUUAUUUUGUAGGAGCUUCUAUUAGCAACGUUUUAUUCUAAUUUCAGCCACUAAACAGUCACAAUUGUGGUUAUAUUUGUUUGUAUGUAUGUAUGUAUGUAUGUAUGUAUGAUGAAGGAUACACUGAGCUUUAUCUUCUUUUCAAGUAUGUCCUGUAUAAAAAGUGUGGUUUUUAUAUAUAUUUUUUUGUUUUUAUUUUUCUUCAUUUGGUUCCAUAAUUUUCCGCUUUCCUAUGUUUAGAACUGUCACGUCAAUCUUUUUACAUUGGCAAGGUUUGUUAUUGGUUUGGCAUAUUCAUACAGACAUUGCAGGACCGACCGCAACAAUAAGUGCCUCCAGUAAAUAUGAGUGCAGCAAACUGCAUAAAAUUUUGCAAAAAAAUAGGCAUAGAAUUGCUGAAUUUAGAUAAUCCGUCUACUUAUGUCCUAUAAUAAGAAAAUAUUGGUAGGGAGGCAGAGAGGGAAAUUGGGGCACAAAGGAGAAAAAUUAAAAACACAACAAAACAAGUCGUAAAUAAGAUACACUUUACUUUUAUACAUAACCCCCGAUAGAGGAGAUUUAUCAAAUAGUUAUUUUCUACAUCAUUGUAGAAUAAGUCUCCGUUGGAACGUGCUUGUUGGUUUCUAUGUCCAUGACAGGUUACUUUAACGACGUUCAGACGUGUCAUUACGUCCCUACUAUUUGGUGUGUGGUUAAAUCCCUACUCGCUAGAUACCUGGGGGUCCCCUCUGGGCCACUAAAAUGGCCCCAGAUGACAGACUUUUUGAUGAGCAGCAUGCAGUGAUGAAAGUUAGCACAACAUAAAGCCCUUUAACCCCUUAAGGACACAAUUUCAGAAAAAAAAGGGAAUCAUGACGGAAUAUUUCCGUCAUGUGUCCUUAAGGGGUUAAAUCUAUAGAGAACACUGCAGCAGAGUUAUUAAAGUGUGUGUGUGUAUGUAUGUAUGUAUAUAUAUAUAUAUAUAUAUAUAUAUAUAUAUAUAUAAAGCAAUGUUUUUCUUGGCACUCACCCUUUCAAAUGUGUAGCUCAAUAUCGCCUGGGUGCAAUCCCAUGUAGAUAAAAUAUAUAGAGGAUAAAGAGAUGCACUCUCAGGACUUUGAAAAAAUAGUUAAUUUAUUCCAGCAGGUAUAACAUCAAAGUUUGCCGACGUUUCGACCCAUUCGGGUCUUUCUCAAGGUCAAUGUACCUGUGCUUACAAGCCAUUUAUAUAGGACAUAAAAAGAAGUACUCACCAAUCUGUGAAGAACCCCCUGAAUCCCUCCGUGCACACCCGGAAGUGAAACCGGAAAUAGAACCCACGAUCACAUGAUCCAUGCAUAAGUGAUCAUGUGGUGUUGCUAAGAUACCGAUAGGAAAACAAUUAAUUAUAAGAUCGGUAAAUAUCUCAUAGAUGUGCAAGUGAAAUGUCUAAUAUCAAUCUAUUGAUGAAAUCUGAUUAAAGUGCAGAGUGCAUAAAUCCGCAAAAAUGCAGCCUAAUAUAAAAAAAUAAGCAAAGAUCAUAAGAUCAAAUAUACUGUGUAAAGUGUCACCAUAUAUCUAAAGAAGUGAUCAAAAAAAUAAAGAAUGUUAUGUUAAAAACAUUUCACCAACCAUGUCAAGUUUAAAAGGCAUUUAGCUGAAGCAAUCUAUAACAAAAAAAAAAGGUAGCAGACUAAAAAAGGGAAAACAAGCCAUUAGAAUAAAGGCUCCAAAAAACCAAUAAGGAUCACAAAUAUACUUAGAGAAAAAGGGAAACCAUAUGAUUAUUCAAAGAACAUUAUUAUUAAAGAAACAUAGAGAGCACAAUAUUCUCGUUGAGUCCUCUUGGUGUCACUGUGUCCAGCCGAUGGAUCCAUUGUGCCUCACGUUGAAGUAGUUUCUUUGAUCUGUCACCCCCUCUGGACAUUGGGGGGACAUGAUCAAUAGCCGUGAAACGUAACAGAGGAAGUCUAUGUUGCAUAUGUAGGAAGUGUUUAGCGACUGGCUUAUCGCUAUAUUGAUCUCUAAAUGCUGUUGUUAUGGUCGACCGAUGUCCCCUUAUGCGGUCUCUCAACGUCAAGUCGGUUUUGCCAACGUACGAAAGUCCGCAGGGACAUGUGAUCAUGUAUAUCACAUGGUCAGUGGUACACGUGAUAUAAUGAGAUAUUUUAAUUCUCUGACCGCUAUGGGGAUGAGCAAAGGUCGUGCCACUGACCAUGUGACUACAUGUCACACAUCCACUGCAUUUAUAACAACCUUUCUUCACAAUACUCCUCGGUUUACGGUAGCAAAUUUCUGGGUCACUCUUCACCAGAAGGUCCUUUAAGUUUUUGUUUCUUCUGUAACUGAUAACAGGGGAACUCAUGAAUGUAUGAGGUAGUGAUUUAUCUGAACGUAAUAUAUCCCAAUGUCUUUGGAUAGAUUGUCUAAUUUUCGAUGUUCCAGUGUGAAAAGUCAUGGGAAGAUAAAUUUUUGGUUCUUUUGGUACCUUCUUAGUUUUAUCAUUCAAUCUUUCUUGAUUCCAUAUAUUCAAAGCUUUAGUUUGUGCUAUUUGGAGAGUUUGUGGACGAUAACCUCGCAUACGAAAUCUCUCCCACAUUUCUUCCAAUUGGGCUCUUCGUUUUUCGGUUUCUGUAUUAUAUCUUAAUGUCCUUAAGAAUUGGGAGACCGGGAGUGAUUUCUUAAGUUGUUGUGGAUGAAAACUGGAGGCAGAUAAGAGAGUAUUACGAUCCGUAUUUUUACGGUAUAAAGUAAAUUCCAAUUUGUUUUCUUUUUUAUAGAUGGUGACAUCCAAAAAUUGAAUUGAUUUUUCAUCAAUUUGAUAACUCAGUAUAACAGGUGUAGAAGAUUGAUUUAUUUCAUGAAUCAUUUGUUCCAGAUCUAUCCUGGUACCUGUCCAAAUCAUGAACAGGUCAUCUACAAACCGAUAAUAAUGUUGAAUAUGUUGUCCAAAUUUUUCCAAAAUAUGAUCACAUUCAAAAAUGUACAUGAAGGCAUUAGCAUAUGAUGGUGCCAUUGCCGCCCCCAUCGCAGUGCCGGAUACUUGCACAUAGAAUUGGUUUUCAAAUUUAAAAUAGUUGCAUGUAAGUGCAAUCAUUAAAAAUUCCAACAAGAGGGGCGUGGUUUGGCGCUCGAGCUGCACGGCCGCAUGUCGGAGUAGCUCCCGCCGAUCGAGCCGCACGGGGCAAUAAAACAACCGGUCUAAUGAGCGAUCCCCACCGCUAGCAUCACCGCAAGUACCCACCAUGUCCCAGAGGCAAAAAAGCAAACCCGCGAAAGCGGAUAAAGCGUCCUUUUUCUUAAAAGCCGCACAGACGAAAACGCGGGAAACCCAGGAACAAGAUGGCGGCCCGCCGCGAUCGCGGGAGGGCUCCCCCGCUUCCCCAGCCUCCCCUGACAUGAGUGUGGACGACCAACCCCUCACGGUGGCCACCAUGAGGAGCAUGAUGACAGAACUAACGGACUCAGUGCAGAGGAGCCUCAGGGCACAAAUGCUCACACUGACAGCUGAGCUCAGAAAGGAUCUGCAUGAUAUAGGGACCCGUACAGCACACCUGGAAUCCAAAAUGGACGACUUCUCAGUGGCCCAUAACAGUGUGGCUGACAAAAUGCAGGAACUAGAAGACACUAUUACAGCCCAAAAAAUCAAGCUGGCAGACCUGGAAGACAGGUCUAGGAGGAACAACCUCAGAUUUAGGGGAAUACCAGAAUCGGUAACAAAUGCUGAUCUAGACCACUAUUUACAAGAUAUGUUCCAGCAGCUGACCCCUGAACUGCAUCCAGAUCAACUACUACUAGACAGAGCGCACCGUCUUCGGAGACCCAGCCACUUACCUACCACCGCAGCGAGAGACGUCAUAGCGAGAGUGCAUUUCUUCCAUGCCAAGGAACGGAUCAUCAGAGCAAACAGAAACAAAGGGAUGCCUGAGAAGUACCACAACAUAAAAAUCUUCUCUGACCUAUCAGCAGAAACACUGCAGUUCCGCAAAUCUGUGGCGCAAAUUACGCUGUCGCUACGCACACAGGGACUGAGCUACAGAUGGGGUUACCCUGCCAAGCUGCUAGUGUACCACCAAGAUUCCCUCCACUCCAUCACGUCGGCACCACAAGGUAUACGGCUGAUGGGAGACUGGGGUAUCCCGCUGGCAGAGAUGGCGAAAACGGGCCCGGCGAAAGUUCCUCGUCUGACUCAAGACUGGGCAUCCAGAUAAAGAGCCUCCAUACCCAUGCGGUAUACGUAAGACGCUCACCCAAGUUAUGAACUAUUUUGUUGCACUAGUUAUUAUGCUGUUUCACAUUUUAUGUUUUGUUAUACUACUACCACAUACCCAUAGCUUGCAAACGGGAAUACUGAGGCCCCCUGACUUCCCCACGCACCAACUACUACAGUAGCUAACGAGAUAUACUCUCGGCUAGAUUUUGACACUGCCCAAUUACAAUAGGUUAGGGAGUUGGGGCAUCGUAAAAAAAAAAAAAAUAACACAUGCGGCUAAGGACACCUAUACCCAUAGUGCCCCGGGCGUGCUGGAUCGAGUGACUCCCUCCUGACGGGAGUGUCCCACUUCACGACCCCACUAACGUGCGAGCGACCUCCGGGCGCCGCACUAAGGCUCGACCCAAAGGAGCCUAACAGGGCUAUGCCCUCGCCUACCCCCUUUUCCCCCCGUUAUAAGAAAAAGCCAGAAAACAGACGACACAGGUUGACCUUCCCUCACCCCCCUCUUGCCUCCAUACCACAUCCUUUUACAAUGACUAAUCACACUGAACCACUAGGAAAGUCCAUAUCCCAAUCAUCCCACUAUAAGAGACAAUCCGACAGCCUACAUACACGGGUACCAACCCCAGCGAAUCCUAGGGAAACCACACCAGAAUGAGAAUAGUAACCUAUAAUGUACGGGGGCUUAACUCCCCUGAAAAACGAAGACUACUUCUGCACGAACUUAAGAAGAACUCAGUAGAUAUAGCAUGCCUCCAAGAAACGCACUUUAGGGGUCCCACUGCACCUUCCCUCUUCUCAAAACUAUACCCUAUACAGUUUCACGCCCUGUCAGAAUCAAAAACGAAAGGGGUUUCCAUCUUAGUGCACAAAGACGUGGUCUUCACUCCACAAAUCAGCCAUAUAGACCCUACGGGAAGGUAUAUUAUAGUGGUGGGGCUUUUCAACAACACACAAUACACCAUAGGGACAACGUACUUCCCGAAUGACAACCAAGCAUCGUACCUCAAAUCUCUCCUGUCUAAACUUGAUACCUACAAACAAGGGGGACUCAUCUUAGGUGGUGACUUUAAUUUCAUUCAAUCCCCGACCCUUGACACUACGGCCUCCCCGCAGGGAAAACACAAAACAGGGACCCAAGCCCUCUGCACACGCAUAACCAACACCUUGACCUUGUACAACCUAUACGAUAGUUGGAGAAUCUUACACCCUACUGAUCGGGAUUAUUCCUUCCAUUCGAGAGUCCACAACACCUACACGCGUAUAGAUACAUUCUUCAUAGAUAACAAAACCCUACCACAACUGAGCGACUGCAGAUUAGGAGAGAUAACAUGGUCGGAUCAUAGCCCAGUAUACCUUGACUUGGAUGACAAAUACCAAACCCAUGGUAGGGGCACUUGGAGACUGAACGAGUCUCUCCUCCUUGAUAAACCGUUCGUUGAGCGAAUGACAACAGAACUCAGAGAGUACUUCCUCACCAACACAACAGGCGAAGUCUCAGAAUACACGGUGUGGUCCGCACAUAAAGCAGUAAUGAGGGGACAGUUCAUCAAACAAUCCGCGUACAUAAAAAAACGCCACCAAACCACCCUCCUAGACUGCCACAAACAAAUAGCGAUAGCCACAGCCCAAAACAAGAAGACACCCACGCCAGCCCUAGCAGACAAAUUACGUGACCUGUACCAAGACCUUAACAACCUUAAUGCCCAAAAAACCAAGUAUUUUUUGCACAGACUAAGAGCCACCACAUACCACCACAGUGGUAAAGCAUCUAAAUACUUAGCCAACAGGCUCAGGACAAAGCAGGCCGCAAAUAGAAUUCCUUACAUAAUAGGGCACACGGGAGACAAACUCAUGAACCCCAUGGACAUAGUACAGGAAUUUGCACACUUCUAUAAACAACUAUACAAUCUAGACUCAAGUGGAGGCGCUACUGCCCCAGACACACAAGCCAUACGCAACUACUUACGUGAUAUAGACCUCCCCAAGUUGGACCAAAACUCCACGAAAGCCCUGCUCGAACCGAUUACUAUGCACGAGAUCCGAGCGGUAAUUAAGAACCUGCCCCCGGGAAAAUCCCCAGGCGCAGACGGACUCCCCAACACCUACUAUAAGACAUUCAUUGACAUACUAACCCCACACUUGCUCAAAGUAUACCAUAGAGCGACGGAGACUGGCUCCCUUCCUCCUGAAAUGCUGGUGGCCACGGUAGUGACACUUCCGAAACCUGACAAGCCUACGGACAAUUGCAAAAAUUUCCGACCCAUCUCCCUCCUCAACACUGAUGCAAAGAUAUAUGCCAAAAUACUGGCCAACAGACUAGCAUACAUCCUUCCAACUAUCAUAGGGGACGACCAGACAGGCUUUGUUAAAAGUAGGCAGGGUAGAGACAAUACCAGAAAGCUCUCCUUAGUGUUAGAGAAGAUGAGGGGAUCGGGUCACGGCGGGCUUCUACUAGCCCUUGACGCCGAAAAGGCGUUUGACAGGCUGAAUUGGGCAUUUCUCGAACAUACGCUCCUAAAGUAUGACAUCCCCGCAAUAUUUAUCAAACAGAUCUUUGCUUUAUACGCAGGUCCCACCGCCCGGGUACUGCAAGCCGGCUUUCUCUCUGACCCAUUCCCUCUAACGAAUGGUACGAGGCAGGGAUGCCCCCUGUCGCCGCUACUAUACGUCCUAGCCCUGGAACCACUACUAGUUCAAAUUAGGCAGCGAGAGGGUAUCCGCGGAAUUGAGGUACAUGGCAGGGAAGUUAAAAUUAGUGCAUUUGCGGAUGACAUACUCCUCUGUGUUUCUAAACCAGAGCAAUCGCUCCCACUCAUCUUAGACCUCAUAAAAGAAUAUGGGACGUUGUCCUACUAUUCCCUUAAUGCCAGCAAGACACAAGCACUGGGAGUGCGGCUCAACCAACAAACACUCACCGCACUUAAAAAAGACCACAAUUUUGAAUGGAGGGCAGACACGAUAAAAUACUUAGGACUGACCUUCACAAAAAACCCUACAGAAACCUUCCCUGCUAACUAUGUCAGAGUGUGGGGAGACUGCCGCCAACUAAUGAAAAAAUGGAGCACCCUGUUUCUGACAUGGACAGAGAGAGUAGCAACAGUUAAGAUGUCCAUACUCCCGAGGCUUCAAUACCUGUUCAGAAACUUACCAAUUCAGGUACCUAUGUCCUACCUUAGAGACACACAAAAAGACGUUAAUAGAUUUGUGUGGGGGGGCCAAAAAGCUCGAGUGCAGAGAAUACUGCUACAAACACCGGUGAGACAGGGUGGCCUUGCCUUACCGGACAUCAAGACAUAUUACCAAGCAGCGCUAUUAGCAACAACCCUUCCCCACUUCACAAACACGGCUUUACCGCAAUGGGUGCUCAUGGAAAAACAGGCCAUAAAACCCUUUGAUGUACCCACCAUAAUGUGGCUCCCUAAAAAAUUUCGACCAGAAACUCCACAGAUGCCAUCGCAGCUAAAAAUAGCAGUCAGGGCUUGGGACAAGCUUAGACAUAAACUGGUAACACCUACCCCUCUAUCGCCAGCCACCCCGCUCAACACUAUCACAUACUGCAUCCCAACCUUUAACGCUAAGCCAUGGAUAGCUAAAGGGGUCACACAUUUGCACCAAAUACUUGCGCAUAACAAACUAAAAACCUUUCCAACUCUCCAAAAGGAAUUCCACAUACCAAAGGCCUCCCAAUUCUCUCAUAUACAGUUAAGCUCAUUCAUACGAAAACACACAGGGCAGUCCUCUGCCCCAGAUGAUAACCCCCUCGGUAUGACGAAAUGGGAACAAACAACCACUAGAGGUUCAUGGGCACCGACUUUUAAGCCACUAUCCUGGUGUUAUCAACUCAUCCGACCCACACAACAUUUUGCAGAUUCUAAUCCAGCCAAGCACUGGGCACAAGACCUACAAUGCCACAUAAGUAAAGAUCAGUGGGAGCGGGCUAUAGUGACGACCAAAAAACUAAUUAAGUCGGAGGUGCUGUUGGAGCAAUAUAGGAAGACCCUAUAUAGGUGGUACAUGGUCCCCACUCGCUUACACAAACUAUACCCAGGUUCAUCCCCGGAGUGCUGGAGAUGCGGAAAGGGAGAGGGUACAGUACUUCAUAUAUGGUGGCAAUGUGAACUAGUCACCAGCUUCUGGCGCAACAUACACUGCCUGAUUCGAGCCGCAACAGGCACCAAGCUCCCCUCCACACCCAUAACAAGUCUCCUACUACACAUGCCAAGCAAUAUACCUAAAGGGAUACAGAAAUUAGCUUUCCACAUCCUCUUGACAGCUCAGAGGGCAAUAGCUAGGUUGUGGAAAUCUCAACGACCACCACUGGUGGCAGAGGUCUGCAGGGACAUUGAUACACAACACCUAUAUGAAACCCGCUACCGAGGGGUCCUUCCCUUAACAGACACAGCAGUUGAAGCAUGGAGGCUGUGGGAAGUGAGGGGAACGGGAGACACACCCGACGGCUGAACUACUAGACGCACUCGACUCCCAGGGUCGAUCACCAGAUAACGAUAGACAAGCGAACGACAAUACACCAUGUUAGGGACAAAUGUAGAAGUGGUCAGACGUACGAACUUAGAACUUAGAAAAUGUAUGUAGGAAAAUGACACACCCGGAGAUCUCAAAAAUUAUACAUUGUGAAUGUAAACAUUGAUGUAAAAAACUUGGUAUGGACCCCCUUUCCCCCCCCCCCCGCUUUCGUUCUGUACCCCGUCCCCUCCCCCAUGUCAUGUUUGUGUUUACGGCAUUGCCAAGAUGAAAACCAAUAAAAAUCUUUAAAUGGAAAAAAAAUUCCAACAAGAAUUCAAUUGGCGGACCUUCAUAUAUGGUAGAUUUGACCAGGAUCUCCCUCAAAGCCUGUACACCCUCCCUAUGAGGUAUGAUGGUGUACAGGCUCUGGACAUCCAUCGUAACUAAUAAGGAUGUCGACUCCACAUGUGGUGUUUGUAGGAUUCUGGACAUAAAGUCCUGUGUGUCUCGUAAGCAUGUAGGCAAAGCCAUAAUGCUAUCUUUAAUAAAAGUAUCAAUAUAUUUGGCAAUUGGUUCGAUUAUGCCAUCUCUAGCCGAAACUAUGGGUCUUCCUGGUGGUUGUAGUGGGUCUUUAUGGAUCUUGGGUAGCGUAUACAGUACCGGAUAUCUGGGGUGCUCAACUGUGAGGUACUGAGCUGUGUGAGUAUCCAAGUACUCCAAUUGUAAUCCCAAUUCAACAUGAUUUUUUAUUCUUUUUUGGAAUUUAGCCGUUGGAUCAAACGUAAGCUUCGUAUACACAGAGGUAUCACUGAGUUGUCUCAGUAUUUCUUUCCGGUAUUGGUCGUAUGAUUGUAUCACCGUUGCUCCCCCUUUAUCAGCCCCACGGAUUACUAUAUUAGGGUCUUGACUGAGGUCCUUCAAUGCUGCUUUUUCUCCCGGACUUAGAUUCUGAUGGAACAGAGGUGGAUUUUUAACAAUUUUUUCUAUAUCCAUUUUAACCGUCUGGAUAAAUGCUUUAAUGGAUGAGUUAGCAGUCCGAAUAUCCCUUUUGUUUUUCAUUGGAAAAACAUGAGUAGGUUUUUUUGUUGGAUGUUUCUUGAUCUCGUUACUAUAUAGUAUUCUUUGAAUCUUGUAUAAUUCAACCUCCGUCUGAAACAAAUCAGGCUUUGCGACUGGAACAAAAGAGAGUCCUUUAUUUAGAAGUGAGUAGUGAUCAGAGUUAAGUAUUUUAUUAGACAAAUUAAAAACCGUUAUUUCCUCAUCCUGGGUGGUUUGCCCAUGGGGUUUGUAUUUUUUCCAAUUUCUUUUCCCUCGUCGUAUUGGUCGGCUCUUCUGGCGCCUCUGGUGUUGACUCUUAUUGUAUCUGGAGGUUCGUUUUGUUGUAUACCUCUGCCUAAAAAAGGAUCUGGGGUUGGUCUUCUUAAAUCUUCUCUGGAAUCUGGAUCUGAGGUGGAAUCGCCUGAACUGGCAUCUAUGGUGUUAAAUAGAGGUUUACGUAUCUUUGUCCUGGGUCUAAACCUUGAUCCAUAAUUUUCUUGAGCACCCCCUAACCACCUAUACACCUGGUGAUUAUAUAUAUAUAUAUAUAUAUAUAUAUAUAUAUAUAUAUAUAUAUUAUUUUUUUUUUUUUUCUCACCUUUCCUGAGUGGUAUAUAUUACUCAUUCUCGGGUCCUCUACCAGAGUCCUGGAAGUCUGAGGGUUCUGCGCAGUAUCUUAGCUGUUCCUAGAACUGCUCUCUUCUAGACAGCGUUCUUAGAGGUCCCACCUGGAAUCUGUUGAAGCCACUCCCCCAACUUGGGGGUCCCAGUCCUGAGUGCUCCUAUCACAACUGGGACUACUACUGCCUUCACUUUCCACAUCCUUUCUAGCUCUUGUCCUUGCUUGCCUGUCUGGGUCUGAAAGUAUUCUUACCACUCAAUAAUUAUUAUUAUUUAUAUAACGCCAGCAAAUUCCGUAGCGCUGUACAAUAGGUGGACUAACAGACACAUAAUUGUAACCAGACAAAUGGACGCACAGAAACAGAGAGGUUGAGGGCCCUGCUCAAUGAGCUUACAUGCUAGAGGGAGUGGGGUAUAGUGAACAAAGGGUAUAAGUUGGGGUAAUGAAAUAGGUUGCUAGCAAAGUAAUCACUGAGAACUUAGUAGGUUAUUUUUGACAGUUGCAGGAGAGGAGUCGAGGGGGGAUGAAAACCCGCUAACAGUUUAGAUGAUAUGUUUUCCUGAAGAAGUGUGUUUUCAAUGAUUUUUUUUAAGGAGUGGAGACUGGGUGAAAGUCUAACGGAGAAGAGAAGGGAGUUCCACAGGAAAGGUGCAGCGCUGCAGAAGUCUUGGAGGCUAGCAUCAGAUGUGGACAGAGUACGGACAGAGGAUAGGCAUAGGUCUUCGGCAUAGCGCAUGGGCCUCGACGGGACAUAUUUGUGUAUUAGGGAGGAUAGGUAGGUUGGAGCAGCACCAGAAUCUUAAAUUGAGCCCUAUAUCUAAUUGGAAGCCAAUGUUGUGACUAACAGAGGGGGGAGGCAUGGGAGGUGCGUGAGGACAGGAAAAUGAGCGUCGCUGCCACAUUCGUUAUAGAUUGCAGCGGUGCAAUCUGGGAACACGUAAGACCACUGAGAAGGGGAUUGCAGUAGUCAAGGCGAGAAAGAACAAUGGCAUGGUGGCAUGGGUUUUAAAUAAGGUUGGAUGCAAGAUAUGUUUUUGAGAUGGAAGCGGCAGGAUUUGUCGAUCGAUUGGACAUGAGGGGUUAAGGAGAGGUCGGAGUCAAAGAGAACACCUAGGCAGCGAGUCUGCGAGAUAGAGGUGAUGGUGGUGCCGUUUACUUGGAGGGAGACCGACCCGGGAGUAGCAACACUAGAGGGAGGAAAGACCAGAAGUUUUGUUUUGAACAGGUUGAGUUUAAGGAAGUGAACCAGUUGGAAAUCGCGGAGAGGCAGUGAGAGACAAUAAAAGAAAGAUUUACAACAACAAAAAUAAAUAAUAAACAUGAUCCGUUAAUGGCAGAUUUCUGUAGAAAUUGCAUUUUUUAAUAAAACUGUAAAUGAACAGAAUAUCGGUACCAGUUAUCAGCUAUUGGCCCAAAAGGCCACCAAUAAUUUCUAUUGGACCUAAAAAAGUAAUAUCAGAUGAUAAGUUAAGUAAAUGUAAUAUUUUAUAAGUCGCUGAUGAAGGUGAAAAGAUUUAAAGAAAAUAAAGUAGGUGUGUUUUGGAAAGAUUUCUCUUUCUCUUAAUUGAAGAUUGACAUGGUUCAAGAGUGAUUGGGGAUCACUUGAUUAAGUUACAAUUUGGGAAACUAACACAGUAAUGUUAGAAAAAACACUUGUUUUUAAUCAUUAGAAUGUUCUCCUGCAUUUUUAAAUUUCUAGGCCUCACCGUAAUAGUUUUUUACUUGCCUCUGUUCCAGUGCAUGCUGCUCCACACCUGGCUGAAAUCAUCAGUGACAGUGACUAAGCCAAUUCAAGGGUUCUCCAUAGAAAAGGCUACUGCACAUGCGCAACAAGCUCCACUCUGUCAAUCCGCAUCUCCUCAUUAAGAUGCAUGAGCUCGUUACAUUUCUUGGUCUGUAAAGUGGGUUUUGUGCAGCGCAAUAAAACAAUGGGACUCUCUUCCAGCCUCUAGUGUCUUUUUAAGGGGAAAAAACAAUUUUACAUUGUUUUGUAUACUUUGCAAAUAUUGAUUUGUGACUUUGUGACUUUUGAUUUAUUCUAAACUAAAAGUAAAAUGGAAAAACUUCAACCUUCGCUAAAAUUACCCUCAUAAUGAACUGAUUUUUUUUUUCUUUCUCUUCCAUUAUCUGUUAAACGCUCUUGCCAUCCAUUGUUUUAAAGGUGAUAUUUAAAUUUUACAUCUUUAUUUCGGUUUUAAUGUGCAGGAUGAUUUACGAUGUGAUGGCCGAGGCUGUGAAGACUACCGGUGCAUUGAAGUUGAGACUGAUGUGGUCUCAAACACUACUGGGUCUGCACGUGUAAAAAUUGUAAGUCCUUGAUGAGCAGGAGUGUGGGAAGAGGACAAAAAAUGUAUGACCUCUGCCAUAAAAUAGUUUCAGCUCAAAGCAACACUCAAGUGGGAAAAAACCCAAAAUAAAAGUCUUAAAUUAAUCAGAAUUAGAUUUUAAUACAAUUUCUGUUGAAGCAAAAUAAUGUUUUGUAUUCAUUUUGUUUUUUUAGGCUUACUUAUAUAAUUAAAGCAACAGUUAAACACACCCCUCUCCCUCCAUCUCUGGUGUAAAAAUUGGGUUUUAUCUUUGCAGUCAUACCCUGAGUUAUGCUAAUGGCCAUCUGGCAUUAUCAGGCUCCUAGAGAAAUCUUAUAGGUGGUGGGGGUUUGUUAAAGGUACACUCCACUACCCAUAUUAAAAAAAAAAAAAAAUUAAAAAAAUGAAUAAGCACUAUUUAGUAGACAUACUUCAGUAGAAAUGUACAUGCAUUUUAUUAGGCUUUUCAAAAAAAACAAAACUAUUGUACUGGGUAUAUUUAAAAAUUAGCAUACAAAAGCUUUAGGUCUCUUGUAUGAACUCUUUGCUAGCCCUUCCCUUCUAACCCAGCCCUGCACCUCUGUGAGAAGUCUUUGCAAGGCGCUCUGGACACACUCUACAUGUUAAAAGCACUUCAGUAAGCUAAAGUGCUUUAGAGGUCUGGAAUGACCCUUUAAAGCAUGAAGAUUGCAAAUGUGUCUAUAAAUUCUACUGCAUGCAGUUCAGGUCACCUCCCAGGCUUCUUACUGCAGUGUGCAGUGAUUGUUGUCCGUAACCCAAGGAUCUGCAUGCUUCAAGGUGAGAGAAAAUACAGUGGUGUGCAUCUUUAAAGGAACACUCGACUGCUGAAAUAAGAAAUUAAAAAAACACUGCUUAGGAGAUAUGCCCCAAAUAAAAAUGUUGGUUUAUCUAAAAACUGUUUUCAAACGCUGCAGUUUUCUUGUUUAUAACGUUUGCAGAUCCUCCCGUUCUUCCUCAGCCCAGACUUUCUGUGGCUGUCCAAUCACAGACUUUCUAUUGAGAUGUCUUUGCAAGGCAGAUCCUCUGCAAUUGCUGCCUCUUGAGUUUUGCUCAAUUAAACUAAACAAACCAGGAAGUAACUGGACCCUUUGUCUGCUUGAAAGCCAGGAGGUAUUACAAUGCAAAUUUCUAAAAGUGCCAAUUUCUAUCUAAAGGGACACUAUAGUCACCCAGACCACUUCAGCUCAAGUGGUCUGGGUGCCAGGUCCCCCCAGGUUUUAACCCUUCAGAUGUAAACAUAGCAGUUUCAGAGAAACUGCUAUGUUUACAUUGCAGGGUUAAUCCAGCCUUUAGUGGCUGUAUUCCUGACAGCCGCUAGAGGCGCUUCUGUGAUGCUGGAUGCGAAAAUCGCAUUCAGCGUGCAGAACGUCCAUAGGAAAGCAUUGAGAAAUGCUUUCCUAUGGACUAUUUGAAUGCGCGAGCAUGUGCAUUCCGCUCCACUCGGUAGCUGACAUCAGAGUGGGAGGAGAGGUCACCAGCGCCUAGGGAGCCUGGCAUUGGAUUAAAGUAAGUAACUGAAGGGGAGGCCCUGAGGGUGGGGGGGACCUAAGGGUUGUAUAGUGUCAGGAAAACGAGUUUGUUUUCCUGACACUAUAGUGAUCCUUUAAAUCUGCACUUUUUGUAAAAUGAAAAGAGGACACAUUCUUCACACACAAUCAUUUUAGCAAGCUAAAGUGCUUUAGGGGUCCGGAGUAAUUGCUAACAUAAUUAUGUUAUAUAUGUCAUUUUAGACAGAAGUCUAAUAUAAUUUAUUUAAAAAUCAGACCGAUUCAAUGAUGGUAUACAUUGAUGUGGUAUAUACAAUAUAAAGAAAGACUGAUGGUAUGGAAAGCACUACUCAUUAGUUUCACAAUAUUAAAUAUCCAAAUAGAAAUCCAGGUCACCCUAUAAAACCUUAUAUUGAAGAGCUCUAUAUUUUCCAUAAACCUCACUGAGGCAGGUGCUUUUUGUUGUUUGUUUUUGAGAGGAUUUCAUGAUGCUUCAUAGAAACCCAAACAGUGACUAAACCUUUCAGAAUCUGAGAGGAAUUUAGAGGGGACUAUUUUUCAGGCAGCAAGCAAGUGCCCCCUAUAAAUUGGGUUAUGUAGCAUCACUGCCACAAGUAAUGUAAUGAAUGGAUCACAUGGCCACAUUUAAAAUUAAAACCAUAAAUAUUAAGUAUAUAAUGUUUAUUACAAAAGUAAUGUUUUGAAUUUAUGUUCUAGGGUCACACAGAUGUUUUAGUUGGAGUUAAAGCUGAAAUGGGAACUCCGAAGCUGGAAAGUCCAAACGAAGGAUACCUUGAGUUCUUUGCUGACUGGUUAGUGGAUUUUAGUCAGUCUUAUUCAAAACUCCAUUGCAGCAGGGUAGAGUAGGAAAAUUAUUAGCAUUUUGCGAACAGCUGAGUGGGUUUCCCAAGCCAAACUUUUGGCUGCAACAGCCAAAUUUGUACAAUCAAAUGCCAUUCAGCUGCCUUUCAGCAUUUAAUGAAUCCUUAGUGAGUAUUUACAAAUUUCAGAUGCAUAGCCAUGCUCUCUGUUAUGACAAAAGGUGUGUGUGUGUGUGUUCGUGUUCGUUUGUUGUUCGUUCCCUCUCAGGUCUAGUUUUAGCUCACUUGUGCCAUCACAGUACCCAAGCUAUUUGCAAACCAGACCAUAAGGCAGAUAAAGUACUAGUAAGUUCCCUCUGCACAACAGAUAUAGCAAACUCCAGGUGAUUGUUUUAUCAUUGGGUGUCUUCAGUAAGCUGUGGCUGAUGCUGCCCUAGGGCAUCUGGAUUACCCCUUUUAUCUAGAGGAGACCCAGGUCAUUUUCAAAACCGUACAUGAGAGAAUACGAUCAGCUGCCAAGUCAUUCAUUGGAAUGGUUUAUUCCAAAGGUUUAACUUUAAAACUGUAAUUCACUUCUUGACAUUUGUCUUCUAGUUUUCGAAAUGUUACUGAAAUCCUAGACAUAUGAGGAAUUCUCACAAUCCGGACUAAUAAGUGAAUAUAUAUAUAUAUUACAGAAUCCAGCGCACUCGUUUAUUCACUAAACAAUGAUUUCAAAUCUUAGAGAUUGUAAUAGUUUUAUUUAAAAACACCUCACCUAGGCAUAAAAUGAUGGGUUUUUAGUUACAUUAUAAGAUCAUACAUUGCAUAAGCCUGCCAACUACGUCAAAGUACCCCAUAUUCGGCAGGUCCUAUCCUAGUAGAAGCCUAAUGCUUGCUCUUAUGAGAGUAAUCCACUUACUUGGGAAAUACUUCCUUACUGGGACUCCCUCCCUGUUACAGGUACCUCAUUCUAGGACCCUAUUUAGCCUUGACUUGCAGAGAGUCCUGCCAUUUGAUCUUGAGAAAGGUCCCAGAGAGGACCGAAAUGUUGAUCUGUUGAUUUGUUCUAUGGAAUAAAGGAAACUUUAUAUGGAAGACCGUGAGUGCAGCCCAUAUGUUCAUUUGUAUAUAUGUGUGUGUGUUUUAUGAAAUACCUUGUUGGAAGUGCACUCACAGGACUCUAUACUGUUGCCAAAAAUGUGCCAUUUAUUCAAGCUUCAAAAGUUGAUUACAGAGUGUCGACGUUUCAGUCCACUAGGGACUUUUUUCCCUAGUGGACUGAAACGUCGACACUAUGUAAUCAACUUUUGAAGCUUGAAUAAAUGGCACAUUUUUGGCAACAGUAUAGAGUCCUGUGAGUGCACUUCCAACAAGGUAUUUCAUAUUUUGAGGUCAGAGCUCCUAGGCAAUAAACAAGACUGGGAGCAGGAGUGCAGGACCCAGCGUGAAAUAUAUAUAUAUAUAUAUUAUACACACACACACACGAAAUUCUUAUCUUGCAAUACCUUUUUUAUUGAACUAACAGAAUUUUUUAAUGACAAGCUUUCGGGAGAACCUCCCUUUCUCAAGUCUUCAAGGUAUUACAAGAUAAGAAUUUUAUCUGUUUUUUUACAUAUACAUCACUGGAAUAAUACGGCUACAAUCUCUACUUGAAUAUGAAAAAAAAAAAUAUAUAUAUAUAAUAAUUAUGGUGUUAAGGAUACAUAUGAACGUUCAAUAGAAAGCUCUAUCUGUAAAUGUUUUUAUUUAUAUAUGUGUGUGUUUAUUUAUUUUUGGGAGCUUGGGAGUCUGAGGGUUUUACAGUAUCUUGGCUGUUCCUAGAACUGCACUCUUCUGGGAAGCAAUCUCAGAUGUUUUCUACAUCUCUUAUUUGACCUUCUGGUACUUUAACUCUUUCUGUCCUGAUCACUUUCCCUAUUUUUGCGAUCAUCUGCCGAUGCCUAUCCAGUCCAAACGAUAUUCCGAUGUCCAUGUUAGGCUUUCUCAUACAGCUUGAUGUCGUCCAUGUAGAGUAGGUGGCUGGUGCUAGCUCCACUCUUGAACCUGUAUAUUUAGCCACUGUUCAUGAUCUGGCUAGGGGGGUGGAGACCUAUGUAGAACAUCACCUUGGUAUAUGCCACAUUUGUUGUUCACUUGUGUUAUUGUCCUGGAAUUGGCUUCUAGAUUGGUUUUCCACUUGCAUUCUUGAUGAAGGCUCUUGGUGUCUUGCUGGCCUUAUAUAUGGCCUAGCAUCCCAGUAUCCAUGUGUGUGGCAUUGUCAUAGGCUUUCUUGUAGUCAAUUCAGGCAGUGCACUAAUUGGUCUUAUUGGUAUUAGAAUCCAGUGUGACUGCUUAGUCUACCAGUCGUUAGUUUGAUCCUUUGGUGCUUUUUUAAAAACCCUUUUGAGUUUUGCUGAUGUACUAACUCAUAUGCCCCAUCGAUCUUGGAGGCUAUGAUGCCUGACCAGACCUUCCAUGUUCUGGGGAGGCAAGUGAUUGGUCGGUAGUUAGAUGGCUAACAAGGCAGUUAAAUACUGGCCUUUCAUGAUCAGUAUUAUUCUGCCUUGUGUUAGCCAGUCAUUGUGGGAGCCUGUUAGUAGCUGGUUGGUUUGUUUGCUGCUAGAUGUUCAUGCAACACUGUUAGUUUAUUUUUCUAGUAGGUGUGGAUCAUGUCAGGUCCUGGGGCUGACCAACUUUUCAUAUGGGCUACUUCUUGUUGGAUAUCUCCUACUGUCAUAGUGGCUGUUUUUUUUGUUAUGGGAGCAUGUACUGGUCUGCUUUCGGUUCUAGUAGCCUCUGGGCCUUGGUAUUAUGUGAUGCUUCGUUCUUCCAGUACUGCUCUUUGUUGGUCUUUGAUGGAUAUGUUGUGGCUAACCUGCAGCGGUGUAUAAACCUUGGAUGGUUCUUUGGUUAAUAGGACUCUUUGCCUCUGCUUCUCUGGUGUGUCUGUUUAGCAUCAUUGCCAGUACUGUCAGCCUUUCCUUAGCUGUUUGCAUCUGGUACGGACAUACCUCAGUAACCAGUACCUAUCCUUGAUCUUUUCACCUCUGUGAAGUUGAUUGAGCUUAAUAACUUCCUUACAUGUUGCCUUUAUCUUGGCUUCAUUCUCUAAGGAGGGCAUUAUUUCUCCUUCAGCCUGAUCUUGUAGACAGGCAGUUGGAGAACCUCUAAUGCAGUGGCCUAAAUGAACAUGUAUAUAUAAUCUAUCUGUCUCUGUGAUGGUGUUGAUUAGGAUUGUGGAUAGUGCCUCAUUAACCGUUGCUAGCAUCCUGUCUGGUGGCAGUUUUUCAGUGAUCUUGUCCGGUGGUCAAGGACUGUUUUGUGGUGAUCAUCUUCCUUAUAUCUGUUAAGCCAUCUUGGGGCAGAGCUUCAGGCCUCUGUAAGUAUAGGUGUGGGUAAUAGUAAUUUCUUCCUCAUCAAAAGAUAAAAAAAGGUGCACUAUACCUUUAAAUUUUAAAGUGCUACAAAGUGAAAGUGUCAGUGCACUGUGCAUUCAAGUAUUUCCAGUAUAAUAAUAUUGAAACAGUGUGCAAAGUUGUCAUAGUGUUUUGUGCUAAAAUACUUUAAAACACUUACUAGAGAAAUAGAGGUAUCACACUUUCUUUCAAAGAUGUAUGAGGACAUGAAAAACAAAACAUAAACAUCGCAUAAUACUGUAUAACAAGGAACUAAAAAAUGGAAUCAAACUCACAAGAAGAGAGCAGUAAGAAGUCUGCUCUCACUUUUCUGGCUUGUGUCCACAAUGGGACUAAAUGUAGGCAAGGAUCGGAGUAUAGCCGCUUGAAUGAAGAAAAUGCUUUAUUCCAACAGAGUUAAAAAGUUCACAAUACAUGUCAGCAUACGCUCCCCGUUAUCUAGGGAUCGACUGAUAUUGAUUUUUUUUAGAGCCGAUACUGAUAAUCUUUGAACUUUCAGGCCGAUAGCCAAUAACUUGCCGAUAUUCUGUACAUUUACCAUUUUGAAAAUAUAAACUAAUUCUAAAGGUAAAUGCACAAAAUAUACAUGCCACAUGUAGUGGAUGCAGUGUGUUUAGACAGGGGAGCUGUGUGUGUUUGUGUAGUGGAUGCAGUGUACAGGGAGUGCAGAAUUAUUAGGCAAGUUGUAUUUUUGAGGAUUAAUUUUAUUAUUGAACAACAACCAUGUUCUCAAUGAACCCAAAAAACUCAUUAAUAUCAAAGCUGAAUAUUUUUGGAAGUAGUUUUUAGUUUGUUUUUAGUUAUAGCUAUGUUAGGGGGAUAUCUGUGUGUGCAGGUGACUAUUACUGUGCAUAAUUAUUAGGCAACUUAACAAAAAACAAAUAUAUACCCAUUUCAAUUAUUUAUUAUUACCAGUGAAACCAAUAUAACAUCUCAACAUUCACAAAUAUACAUUUCUGACAUUCAAAAACAAAACAAAAACAAAUCAGUGACCAAUAUAGCCACCUUUCUUUGCAAGGACACUCAAAAGCCUGCCAUCCAUGGAUUCUGUCAGUGUUUUGAUCUGUUCACCAUCAACAUUGUGUGCAGCAGCAACCACAGCCUCCCAGACACUGUUCAGAGAGGUGUACUGUUUUCCCUCCUUGUAAAUCUCACAUUUGAUGAUGGACCACAGGUUCUCAAUGGGGUUCAGAUCAGGUGAACAAGGAGGCCAUGUCAUUAGAUUUUCUUCUUUUAUACCCUUUCUUGCCAGCCACGCUGUGGAGUACUUGGACGCGUGUGAUGGAGCAUUGUCCUGCAUGAAAAUCAUGUUUUUCUUGAAGGAUGCAGACUUCUUCCUGUACCACUGCUUGAAGAAGGUGUCUUCCAGGAACUGGCAGUAGGACUGGGAGUUGAGCUUGACUCCAUCCUCAACCCGAAAAGGCCCCACAAGCUCAUCUUUGAUGAUACCAGCCCAAACCAGUACUCCACCUCCACCUUGCUGGCGUCUGAGUCGGACUGGAGCUCUCUGCCCUUUACCAAUCCAGCCACGGGCCCAUCCAUCUGGCCCAUCAAGACUCACUCUCAUUUCAUCAGUCCAUAAAACCUUAGAAAAAUCAGUCUUGAGAUAUUUCUUGGCCCAGUCUUGACGUUUCAGCUUGUGUGUCUUGUUCAGUGGUGGUCGUCUUUCAGCCUUUCUUACCUUGGCCAUGUCUCUGAGUAUUGCACACCUUGUGCUUUUGGGCACUCCAGUGAUGUUGCAGCUCUGAAAUAUGGCCAAACUGGUGGCAAGUGGCAUCGUGGCAGCUGCACGCUUGACUUUUCUCAGUUCAUGGGCAGUUAUUUUGCGCCUUGGUUUUUCCACACGCUUCUUGCGACCCUGUUGACUAUUUUGAAUGAAACGCUUGAUUGUUCGAUGAUCACGCUUCAGAAGCUUUGCAAUUUUAAGAGUCCUGCAUCCCUCUGCAAGAUAUCUCACUAUUUUUGACUUUUCUGAGCCUGUCAAGUCCUUCUUUUGACCCAUUUUGCCAAAGGAAAGGAAGUUGCCUAAUAAUUAUGCACACCUGAUAUAGGGUGUUGAUGUCAUUAGACCACACCCCUUCUCAUUACAGAGAUGCACAUCACCUAAUAUGCUUAAUUGGUAGUAGGCUUUCGAGCCUAUACAGCUUGGAGUAAGACAACAUGCAUAAAGAGGAUGAUGUGGUCAAAAUACUCAUUUGCCUAAUAAUUCUGCACUCCCUGUAUAUUUGUGUAGUGUGUGUAUAUAAUGAAUGCAGAGUGUGUUUGUGCAGUGUGUGUGUGUGUAUAUAAUGAAUGCAGAGUGUGUUUGUGUAGUGUGUAUACAUAGUGAAUGCAGUGAGUGUUUGUGUAGCGUAUACAUAGUGAAUGCAGUGAGUGUGUAGCGUAUACAUAGUGAAUGCAGAGUGUGUGUUUGUGUAGUGUGUAUAUAGUGAAUGCAGUGAGUGUUUAGUGUUUGUGUAUAGUGAAUGCAGUGAGUAUUUGUGUAGUGUGUAUAAUGAAUGCAGAGUGUGUGUGUGUGUGUGUGUAUAGUGAAUGCAGUGAGUAUUUGAGUAGUGUUUGUGCAAAGUGAAUGCAUUGUGUGUGUAUAUAAUGCAGUGUGUGUGUGUGUGUAGAUGUAAGUUGUGUAAAAUGGGGGGCAUUUUUUUUUAAUUUAAAUGUUAAAAAAAAAAAAAAAUUUAGUAUAUAGUAUUCCCUGGUGGUCCGGUGGCUUGUUAAGUACUGUGGGGGGCCCAGCAGCAAGCUCUUACUUACCUCCCAGUAGCUCCCUCUGUAAAUCUGCGUGCCGUGCGGCGCAUUGCCAUGGUAACCCGUGGCAACGCUCUGCGGCCGCGGGCCUCGCAAAAUUUACACAGAGAGCUGGAGGAGCUGCUGGGAGGUAAGAGCUUGCUGCUGGGCCCCCCCAGGACUGCCAGGCUUGUAAUGGGCCCGGCGGUCCUGGUAUGUAUUAUCGGCAAUAUCAGUAUCUCUAUUGGCCGAUACCGAUAUUGCAGAAAAUACAGAAUAUCUGCCGAUAAUAUCUGUAAAACUGGUAAUCGGUCGAUCCCUACUGUUAUGCACGGAAGUUCAGAUCAUGUAUGAUGCUUUGUGUAGUCCAUCUAAUUCCAGUUGUAACACUAGCUUCCUCUUGACAAUGUAUAAACAUUGAGUAAUUAGCUGUUUUGGUGUUCGUGUAGAUGAAGGACUCUUUAUCAUCCACGGUUUCCACAUACAUUCUCAUUCAGUCUGCAGUCAAGCAAGUUCUCACUUUUUGUAUUCAGGAAUUAUUUGUUUCAGUAUCCCACUUGUCGUUUGAUUGCCCUGUUUUCCUAGCAUCUGACUUGUUAAUCUGGGCGACAUCUGAGCCGGCAUUUACAAAACAGCAUGUCUUGUGGGAUAUCACCAGUAUGCAGUGGUUAGUACGUACAAAAAAAAUAGUGCAAGGAAGGACAACUGCUGAACUGGUGUCAGGGUCAUAGGCGCCCAAGGGUCAUUGAUGCAUCUAGGGAGUGAAGGCUAGCCAGCCUGGUACAAUCUCACAGAAGAGGGACUACAUGGCCGAAGAACUGUCAGUGCCCAUAAUGCACCGUAUCCACUGCCGAAAGCUCAUUCAAUGGGGACAUGAGCAUCAGAACUGGACCAUUCAGCAAUAGAAGAAGGUUGUCUGAUAAAUCACAUGUUCUUUUAGUUCAGAUGGAUGGCCUGGUGCGUAUAUGUCAUUUAUUUUGGGAAGAGAUUGCAGCAGCUUGUACUGUGGGAAGAAGGCAGUCCCGCAGAAGCAGUGUUAUGCUCUGGGAAACCCUGGGUCCUGGCAUUCAUGUGAAUAUUACUUUGACACAUACCACCUACCUAGGGAUUAUUGCAGACCAUGGUUGCCAGUGGGCUUUUUCAGUAAGAUAAUGUACCCUGGCAAAUUUUAAAUUAUUCUGUCUGCAUCCAAUUCUAUAGAGGAUACGUUUUAUGAAGGUUUUUUUUUUUUUUUUUGGAAAGUCAAUGGGUGUCUGUAACAUAAAAUAGAAGCACUGAAAGAUUAUUUUUUUUUGAUAGCAGACUGUUCCUUUUUGAAGUUUGGAUUUCAACCCUCAGUAAAUUUUUCAUGAGGAUAAUAAUAUAAUUACAACUGAAACCUUCUUGUUGCUCAAAUAUUCUGAACCAAGCCACUCUUAAUUAAAUCAUUCCACUUUUUGAUAAAAAAAAUUACUUUUUAUCAAUUUUUUUUACAUGGCCAUUGUUGUGAUGUAAAAUGCAUUGCAAUAUUCUCUACGAACUACAGUGCAGCUAAAAUGUAAUGUCAAUUUGUACGUUUUAUCAAGGGUAUGGCAAUGAAUACUAAAAAGAAUUUGAGUAGGUAAAAAAAAUGUUUAUUUUUAUUUUUUUUAACCUUUUACUUUAUACCCACCUUUUUAAUGGUGAGCACCAUAUCUCUAGAAAUGUUGCUUGUGUACCGAUCACACUGCUCCUUUCAAAUUCAAUAAAUAAGCAUCCAUCAAAAGACACACACCUGAAUGCGAGUUCUUAAUUCAAUAUUGAUGUGUAGACAUGUCAUAGAAUGGAUUGGAGCCAGUGAUAAUACAGCAUAUUUCUGUCAAGUGACACUGCUUUGUUCACUGUCUUAAAGCUUUUUGUUCUACUGCUCAGUGAUUAUUUUAAACUGGCAGUGUGCAAGCUGUUGUACUCCCGUUCAGUAAAUUUGUAUAGUGAGCCUUUGGUUUUCAUGUAUAGGUGUUCUGAAGGGCUGUGAUCUCCCCUUUAUUUUAUUUUUUUUAUUCCUUGCCUAUAUUUUUAUGUUUUUGAUUGUCUAAAACGUUUUGAAUUAAUAAAUAAUAAUUAGCCAUUGACCUACGGCUGAUGUUCCUCUGACAUCAGAUAUUCGUGCUUGCCUACACAACUGCUUCCUCCAAUGCUUGCUUUGUGUUCAUAAUUUGUUUUGUUUGCCGCUUUGUUUUCCCAUGCUUAAUAGCAGCAUACAAGUGUAAUUUAAUUUUAAUUAUGGGUGUGCUGUUAUGAGUUGAAUAGCUUAGCACAGCAUUACCAAGAUAGAAGACUGAGUGUAAUAUGACUGUGUUACAAAUGUGUUUAAGUCAGAAAUUGCUUGUUCUAUUUAGAUUAUUUUGACCUGCCUUUACAAAAUGUAUUCCUACAUUGUCUGUGCAAGAAAAUCUAUACAUGGGUGUAUUCGCUAAAACUCAUAUAUAGAACUUAGUCCCUUAACUUGUUGAGCAGUAAGUUUACUAUUAGAAAACUCUGCUGUGUGACUGCUCAAAAUAAUUGGACUUUCCAUUAAAGGCACACUUCACUGCCCAAAUACAAAAUAUCGCUGUUUAGUAGAUAAACCCCAAAUGAAAACUUGCAUGCAUUUAUUUAUACUUUUUUUUUUUUUUUUUUUCAUUGGAGUUAUAUCUAAAAAGAGCUUGCAAAAACUGCAGAUCUAUUGUCUCUUGCCUUUGCAAUCUCUCCCCCUCUAACUUGAUGUGACGGUAGUAUCACAGACUUUCCAAUGCAGCUCAAUGAGAAGUCUUUGCAAGCUAAGUACUCUGUGCAAUGGUUUAGUGAAAUAAGCUAACCAAACCAGAACGUAACAGGACCUGUUGUCUGCUUUAAAGGCCAGAGGGGUGUAACCAGGUUAAUUUAGAAUUGUCAAUUUCUCCUGAAAUUUUCAUUAUAUAAAAAAAAAUUUAAAAAUGACACAUUCUUCACGCAUAAGGUGUUUCAGCAAGAUGAUGUGCUUUAGUGGUCUGGAGUGUGCUUUUAACCCCACCACCUGCUCCCUAGAUCCAAUUCCCUCGCAUCUCAUCCGUACUCUGUCUUCUUCUCUUUCUCAAUCUCUCUCUCUCCUCUGGUAUAUUUCCAUUGCCCUUCAAACGUGCAACAGUAACCCCAAUUCUAAAGAAGCCCAAUCUUGACCCUAACUCCCCAUCCAACUAUCGUCCUAUCUCACUACUGCCUUUUGCAUCCAAGAUCCUUGAAAAAAUUGUGUAUGCGAGAUUGAAAGUCUUCCUCGAGUCCAACUCUCUGCUAGACCCGCUUCAGUCUGGUUUCCGCGCUAAGCUCUGCUCCCAACUCCUCUCUGUUGGUGUCCCCCAAGGUUCAGUCCUUGGUCCCCUACUGUUUUCCAUCUAUACUGCCUCCCUUGGUAAACUCAUUAGCUCCUUUGGCUUCCAAUAUCAUUUCUAUGCAGAUGACACGCAAAUCUACCUGUCCUCUCCUGAUCUCUCUCCGCCCAUCUUGACUAGUGUCUCUGACUGCCUCUCUGCUGUUUCUAACUGGAUGGCUGCCCACUUCCUUAAACUUGACCAAAACUGAAAUUCUGGUCUUUCCUCCCUCAAGUGUUGUUACUCCUGUGUCUGUCUCCCUCCAAGUCAACGUUGCUACCAUCAGCUCCACCACGCAGGCUCGCUGCCUAGGUGUUCUCUUUGAUUCCGACCUCUCCUUCAAGCCUCAUGUUCAAUCUAUCGCCAAAUCCUGUCAUUUCCAUCUCAAAAACAUUGCGCGCAUCCGCCCCUAAUUAACGCUAGAUGUGACUAAGGUGUUGGUCCAUUCCACUGUCCUUUCUCGCCUUGACUACUGUAAUCCGCUUCUCAGUGGUCUUACGUGCUCCCAACUAGCGCCGUUACAGUCCAUAAUGAAUGCCGCGACAAGGCUCAUCUUCCUGUCCGCCCGCACCUCCCAUGCCUCACCCUUCUGUCAAUCCCUACAUUGGCUUCCUAUAAAAUAUAGAGCUCAAUUUAAAAUUAUGGUUCUUGCUUUCAAAUCGCUACAUAAUGCUGCUCCCACCUAUCUAUCCUCCCUUAUACACAAGUAUGUCCCGUCUAGGCCCUUACGAUCUGCUGAAGACUUACGUCUAUCUUCUGUCUGUACUCCCACCUCUGAUGCUCGCCUUCAAGAUUUCUCGAGGGCUGCACCGUUCCUGUGAAACUCGCUUCCUUCCGCCGUUAGAUGCUCACCCAGUCUCCACUCCUUCAAAAAAUCGUUAAAAACUCACUUCUUCAUAAAAGCGUAUCAAUUAAACUGUUAAUGGCUCCUGACUGAUUCCUCUUCUGCAACUGUCAUUAGUCUAAUACUAUCCUUACCUUUUUGUGUCAUUUUACGCCACUCCCUCUAGCAUGUAAGCUCAUUGAGCAGGGCCCUCAACCCCUCUGUUCCUGUGUGUCCAACUUGUCUGGUUACAACUUCAUGUCUGUUCGUCCACCCAUUGUAAAGCGCUGCGGAAUUUGAUAUAUAAAUAUCAUAAUAAUAAUAUGAGGUGAUUAAUCUUUACCUAAGGAAUGCUCUAAAACUGGGUGGUCAAAUGUAAAUCUCUAGCUAUUGUAGAACUUCUUUGAUGUAUUGCCAGCUUUAAUGGAGGCAAAGCAUCAUAGGGAAGUGUAAUAAACACCUAGUUAUCUUACUUUGGCCACUCCUGGACUAAACCUCCAUUUUUUUUGUUUUUUAUUUGUUAUAAAGUACUAUGUAUUUUGUGCUGCAUGUAGAUGACAUUGAGCUUGUACACUAAAUUAUUUGGUAUUUAUAGAAUAUUUAACACAGUCCCACCCCAUCUUUGGCAGGUACGUGGGUUAAUCUCAUAAGAGCAGACAUUAGGCUGUUGGUGUAGGACCUGCAAAAGAUGGGGUACAUUGACGUUGUGGCAGGCUUAUGCAAUGUAUGAUCAUAUAAUGUAACUAAACCCCCAUUAUUUUUGCCAACAUUAGGUGUUUUUUAAAAAAAAAAAAUCUUUCAACAUUGAAGUUGCUGUUUAGUGGAUAGGUGAGUGCUCUGGAUCUUGUGUAUUGUAUUAUUUGGCCCCCAGCAGCACCCCCAUUUAUGCAUGUUCAGGUGAGUGCAGCCAACCCCCUCUUGUUCCACACUUUAGUAUACCUACAUUAUACUAUAAUUCUGUGGAUUGCUGUUUUAGCAUACUAAAAAUAAAUUUUAUUGGAAAUCUACCAUAACUGUUUGUUUUUUGUUUUGAUAGUCAAUAAUGCUUAAACCAAAUAUCGCAAAAACUAAUACAAAGGGGAACAUUUAAAGCUAUGGUCCGGUUUUUAAAGUUAAUUUUAUAUUCUUGUAGUAAAUGUUGAAAGGAACACUAUAGGGUUAGGAGCACAAAGAUGUAUUGCUGACCCUAUAGUGUUAUAAACACUAUCUAGCUCCCUGGCCCUCCUUGCCACCCCACAUAGUAAAAAUCUUACCUUUACUCCAGUCUGCUGCUGCUGGCACUGCCCCGAUCUGCCUGCUUGGCUGACCUCAGAAGUGUUAUUCAUAGCAAAUCACAAUGCUUACCCACAGGAUAGCAUUGGAGUGGCUGCUACUGUCACUGUCAAGGAGGCAGAUCAGGGGCCAUCUCUAGUAGCCAUCUAAUGAGUGACCAGUGGAGGUCUGCAUAGGCUGUAAUGUAAACACUGCAUUUUCUCUGAAAAGACAGUGUUUACUGCAAAAAGCCUAAAGGGAAUAAUUAUACUCCCGAGAACAAAUACAAUAAUCCGUAGUGGUUCUGAUGACUAUAGUGUCCUGUUAAGCAACAAAUCCACCUUUAGACCACUUACUGAAAUGACUCUUUCUACAUCAAACAGUUCCUGGAAUUCUUUCUAUUAGAAAUUCUGUGUUUACAUAUUCUUCAUUACUGUUUCUAAGUUUGUGUCCAACUUUUUUUUUUUUCUUUUUCAAUUAUUUCCAUGAAUUCAUAUAUUCAUAUUUGUAUUUUUAUUUUAGUUCCGCAAAUGCCACUCCAGAGUUUGAAGGACGUGGAGGAGAAGAGCUUGGCACAGAGAUAGCCCAUGUGCUGUAUAAAAUAUUUGACAACAAAAGUAGCCUGGACCGCAAGUCUCUCUGUAUCCAGCCUAGGGAGCAUUGCUGGGUUCUUUAUGUUGAUGUCUUGGUAAGUAAACUAAUUCUUGCAGAAGGAUAAUUAGUGUCAGAAUUAAAGUAGAUAUGACUUCUCACAUGGAUUUGGAGGAUGGAGGGCGAUUAUUACUAUCACAUGAUAUUUAAUUCCUGAAUUGAGAGAGAGAGAGAGAGUGUGUGUGCGUGUGUGUGUCUGUCUCUUGAGAAAAGUCCCAUAGAGGUCUGAAACGUCAACACAUUUUCUAGUGUAUAAUUGCACACUAAAACUUCAAGAUUUAUUUACAAAGUCCUGUGAGUGCACCUUCCUUGAUACUUUAUAUAUUGGCAUAAGUGAUUUGUACCCAGGCAAGGACAAGACUUGGACUUUUUUCAAGACCAAGUUGGACUGAAACAUUUACUGUACCUUUGUACAAAUAAAGGAUAUAUAAAGGAUAUAUUGUCCCUAUAGUGUUAAAAACACCAUUUAGCCCCCCUAAAUAUAGACAAAUCUUACAUUUAUUCCAGUCUGCUGCUGUUGGCUCUGCCCCUGAGCUGCCUUCUUGGCUGACAUCAGAAGUGGUGUUCAAAGACAAUCACAACGCUUUCUCACAGAAAAGCAUUGGAUCGGUUGAGCUUGUCAAUGAGGCAGAUCAGGAGUAGAGCCAGCACCAGCCAAACACAGCCCUGGCCAAUCAGCAUCUCCUCAUAGAGCUGCAUUGAAUCAUUGCAUCUCAAUAAGGAAAGUUCAGUGUCUCCAUGCAUAGGGUGUAGACACUGAAUAGCAGUGCUGCAUAUUGAACAGCACUGUUCCAGGAAGCGCCUCUAGUAGCCAUCUGAUGAGUGGCCAGUGGAGGUAUCCCUAGGCUGUAAGCUAAACACUGCAUUUUCUCUUAACAAAAAACAUUGUUUACUGGAAAAAGCCUGAAGUGAAUGAUUAUAUUCACCAGAACAAAUCGAAUAAGCUGUAGUUGUUUUGGUGAUUGUGUCCCUUUUUAAACCGUUGCUAAGGAGUAAAUAUUACAUUGCAAUUAGAAUGUACAUACACUAAUAUUAUUCCCUACCUUUAGCGAAUUCCUUUAUUCAACAGGGAGAUUCUGUGUCUUCUUCCUCACGUGGAUAGAGGGUUUUAAUAUGGGUAUAACCCUGUUGUUCGCCAACCUUCACACUAUGGGAUGUGGCAAUAGUGAAAUAUGUAAACUGGUCAUUCUAUAGCACUGAGACUAAUGUUCCUUUGAAGACAGUACUAUGGACCUGCAUAACUAUAUGUUGACCCCUUCAUCCAAAUAAGAAUGAUUUGCAUAGGCGAAUACAAUAUAUCAAAUAUACAAUGUAAAAAGUUGUGCAAGCCUACGCAGAUAUCCCCUUCAUCCAACACACAUUGAUAGAAGCUGCUGGAGAGGUAGGCCCACCCCUCAGCAUUAGUUUUUUUUUUUUUUUAUUUAUUUUAACUGUAUAUCUUGUUCAGCCAGUGGACAUUUAUUAAUUGUACAGCGCUACGGAAUCUGAUGAUGCUAUAUAAAUAAUAAAAUAAUAAUAAUACAUUCAGCCAGUGGGCAUUUCUUAUUGCUGGUCAUUUGUGUUUUUAAAAUGAUUUAAGACUUGCAAUUUUAUAACCUGCCUCCAAACUGCUCCUACAUUUGUCAGAUAGCUACGUAAAUAACCAUUUAAGUGUUAUAUCUCCAUGAAGAUGAACUUUCUAUCCACACCAGGGGAGAGGAGUUUCAGGCCAUUGUUUUCUUGCUCUGUCUCACUGAUGUGCAUUGCUGAUUAGAUCUAGCAGUGAUCCAGCUUUUGUGAAUUAUUUAAGAUUCUAGGUCCGAGCUGACAAACCCUGACACCCUAGAUGUUUGUGAGCUACAUUUCUCAUGACACUCAGCCAUGCUGUGGGCAAAUAUGAGACCGCUAAUUCACAUCUCACAUGAUCUGUGUUCCAAGGUUAACCAUCUCAAAAUAAAUAUAUAUAUAUAUAUAUAUAUAUAUAUAUAUAUAUUUAUUUUGAGAUGGUUAACCUUGGAACACAGAUCAUGUGAGAUAUAUAUAUAUAUAUAUGUGUGUGUUCGGGGCAUUCUCAUAUGAUAUAGAAUAAGAUGGGUUGUAGAGAUGUAGCUUUAGGAAUAAUCGGUUGAGGUGUGCCGAAACCGACGUAUGCUGUAGGCCGGUAAAAAGUGGGCAAAAAGAGACAUAUUAAUGCAAAACAUUAUACAGGAUCAUAGUGCAUCUGUUAACCAUCAGGUAGACAUUUUAAUGAAAGCUUCCUAAUUCCUGAAUCGGCUGUGGUAUGUAAGUCUCAUAAGCCUUUGAUUCCCAGCUGCCCAGUGUCUUAACGUGUGCGGGGAUGUCUUGGCUAUAGGCAGUGGAGGCUGCUCCUAUCUUAAAGGAGUGCCCUGAGUAGUCGCUAGGGUUUAGUUUGAGCCCGGUGAAUGAGUAGGUGGACAUAGUGCAUGAACUUACCUGUGGUAAGGACAGUAUCGUACAGCGACAGUAAUGGUGCAGUAGUGCAUAUGGUGGCGUGCCCAAGAACAUAACCAGUAACUUAACCGGGAACCCAGCAUUGCUUGUAAGGUAGUAGGUUAUAUGCACUGGCUCGCCCAUCUGACUCAUCUUAGUUUUAGGAAGGGACCGGACAUAGUGGUCUGUGUGUUUUUGAAGAUAAGAGGUCAACAGGCACUCUUGUUUAUGAUGUUGGCCGCUGAUAGUGAGUUAUUUUUUGGGGCCUGAGAAAGCCGUUAAAGGCUAGAUAGGUAGCAGUUUUGAUAACUGCAUUGGUGCGUGACUCGGAAGGUGCAUGGUCGAGUGGUUCUGACAUGGUUUGAACAUUGUAUGUCUAUGGCCAGUAUUUAGUUUUAGCGGGAACGUCCGCUUGGCUAUGUCUCUAAGUAAUGUAUGGAUGGGGUAGGAGGAUAGGAACCCUUGUUGUUUGGGAAGGAGAAAUAAGUAUAGUGUUGAAUGCCCGUGAGAUAAGUUUAACCGUGUUGUGUGAGAAUUUGUAACUUAAGGUGGCAAAAAGAGGUGAAGGCCAUAAGUGGUGAAACCUCAAACCAGCUAUCUAAGUGAUGGUCCGACAUGAAACGUAUUGUAUAAGUGGAAAACCCUGUAGCAAGCGUGUUGAGUGCUGGUGGACAAGGCCAGUUUAGUCAGAGCCCGGCUAUGUUGGCGAGGUUCAUGUAAUCCAUGACCCCCCUGCAAUGGCGGCUGUCACGCCAGCUGCCACAAUAGUUUACCAUUAUGUGUGGUUAAGAAAGUCCACCAUAUGUGUAGGUCUGCCGUGGCUUGGUUGUCUAGGGACAGCCCCUGAUCAUCAUGCGGGAGUGUGGAAAAAGCAAAGUGGUCUUAGAUGAAAGAGUGGCCUGCGGUAUGAUGCGCAUGGCAAAAUUUAAGAAACCUGGUAGGGAUUGUAGUUCCAUGCGGUUGCAAGUACCAAGCAGGAGGUGGUAAUUGGUAUUGUUGCGACUGUUCCUAUUUCUCACUUGGUAACUUGUUGGCAUGAAUGCAGAGUCAAGUUGUAUGCCCAGGAAUGUAACGAUAGUGUCUGGGUCUUCUGUGACCUUAGGGAAUACUGGGACACCCAAGUGUUCAGACAUACUAAUGCCUUUCUUGAAGCUUCUAGAGGGAAAGGCGUUCCCUUUGAUCAACAAGAAAUCAUCUCGGGAAUGUAUGACUGUGGGGCAUUUGGAUAUGUUUAACCACAACCAGCAAAGAGUUCAACGAAUAUAUUGAAGAUUGUGGGCUGCUCUUGACCCAAAAGUUAAGCGGGAGGAGAAAUAUAUAACUGCUGUCCAUAAAUGCCCUGUAAGUGCCAGUGUAGGGUGGAUGGUGGCAAUCUGAAAUGCGUUUGUGAUAUCAAUUUUACUUAACCAGGCUUCACCCCCUCUUGAGUGAUAGCUGUAAUAGUAUGAACAAUGGUGGCAUACUGUAAUGAAAACUCCUCGGAGGGUAUGAGGGAGUUGAGACUUGGGGUAGCCGAGGCGUGAGGUGCAGAUAAGUCUGUGAUCAGUUACAGUGUGAGGGAAGAUUCCCUGUGACAAUCCCAAUGGGAUUGCGCCACGCUGUAAAUGGUGUAGAUCGGAGAGGCACAGGUAGAAAUCUUUCUGCCUUUUCUUGAGCCAUGAGUGUAAUGCCAGCUGUUGUAUGCUGCUGUGAUGACUGCAAGUUAGGGCAUUCUAGAUUCCCCCAAAAGUAUAUGGCAAUACUUGUACAGAAGGCCUUUAAAAUUUGGAGAUUAGGAAAUCAACUAAAUGUCUGGAAAGGUGAUGAGUUAGAAAGUACUGGAAAUGCAUAAUGUUUACAGACGUGAAGUAAGGUUCAGGGUACAUUUAUUGGUAUACAUGGUUUUUUGCAUGUGCCCGGACAUAUUGAGAACAUAUCUGCAACAGUCUGCAUGCACUGAAACUACAUGUGCCAACAUGGAAAUUGUUGCCAAUCUGCGAUUUGCCAAAGAGCAUGAGACGAUCCAAUUUGUCUCUGGUAGUUCUCUACCAGAGGUGCUAGAGCCCGGAGCCUGAAACGUGAUCGUCCGCUGUUUUGGGACAAAAUUGUCGUGUGGGACUAGCAACAUCUUCUCCAAGUGAAAGGGUGUUGACUCUAGCUGGAGUGUUAGGUAGAGAGAAAUCCUUACCACCUGCUUGAUACAUACUAAAAAACAUGAAGAUAGCCAUUAUUAUAUGAACCCACAGUGUGCUAGUACUGGCUUGCUAGCUAAAGCCGCAUUGGCGAAACAAUUAAUCCUUUGUUUGGUGACAGGUGAGGCUCUAUCUAUGCAAUGGCGCGAGGGGAUUUUUGUGGCCACCAAACGUAGUGGCAGGAUGUUGGCCUCUCGGUGACUGUAACCAGAAAAAAGGAGAAGGGAAUAAUAGGUGAGGCCCUCUCUAUAUACCAUGUGAGGCGGCUAGCUUACGAGUGGACCGAUGGGUGUUUGCCUCCAAGCGUUGAGGCAGGGUGUUGGCCUCGCGGGACCACUAUACAACAGGCAUAGAUGCCAAGAAAGGAGAAUACCUAUUGGAAACCUAUAGUCCCUAAUUGCCAGUACACUAAGGAUAUACCCAGGGGGAAACAGAAAAUGUAUGUAUAUACCACAUGAGCAGGUGUAUGUACCUGGUAGUAUGAAUAGAUACCCUUACUGGUCGUAAGGGUUAUUAAUACCUGUAUCCCGGACGGGUAAAACAAUGUAUGAAAAUUGAAUAUAGACAUUUAAAAGCGUAUACCCAUAUGUGUGUUAUGCAAGUUUAAUAGAGAAAAGUGCUCCGUCCCAAUGUUUAUUGUAUGCUUGUAAUGCCCCUGUUUGAAGGAAAUUAACUUGUCGGGAGUGUUAUAUCAUGUGUGAUAGGGAAUACAACUAUACCCCGAAACAUGAGUGUAGUGAACCAUGACUGGCAGCUGAAUAACCUAAUAUGUGAAAAUACGUAAUUGGAAGGACUUAUAUUUUAAGCGUGUAAACAUACAAAUAUUCCGUAUUAGACUCUGGAAUCCUGCAUAGUGCUUUAAAUAGUAUGUGCAUUCUUGGGUAAAUGUAUGCGUAUUGUCAGUAAACGUAUCUAAAUGCCUAUGUAGGCAGGUAUGCAGGAAUGAUUAUAUCAUAGCAAGCAUGAGUUGUAAGGAAGUAUAUAUAGUAUACCAUUUGACAGAUAGGAGUCAGUAUAAAAGUGAAAAUGCUGUAGUUAGUUUGUUUGCUUAUGAAGUGAAAUAAAGUCUGAGAAGCCUGUAGUAUACCGAUUGACCGGUAGGGGUCAGCAUAUAGGCGAAAAUGCUGUGGUUCGUUGGUUUGUACAUGAAAUGCAAUAAUGUCUGAGAAGCCUGUAGUACACUGAAUGACCGGUAGGGGUCAGUGUGUAGGUGAAAAUGCAGUGGUUUAUUGGUUUGUACAUGAAAUGCAAUAAUGUCUGAGAAGUCUGUAGUACACUGAAUGACGGAUAGGGGGUCAGUGUGUAGGUGAAAAAUGCAGUGGUUCGUUGGUUUGUUCACGAAAUGCAAUAAUGUCUGAGAAGCCUGUAGUACACCGAAUGACCGAUAGGGGUCAGUGUGUAGGUGAAAAAUGCAGUGGUUCGUUGGUUUGUACAUGAAAUGCAAUAAUGUCUGAGAAGUCUGUAGUACACUGAAUGACCGGUAGGGGUCAGUGUGUAGGUUAAAAUGCAGUUGUUUAUUGGUUUGUACAUGAAAUGCGAUUGUCUAAGAAGCCUGUAGUACACCAAAAGACCGGUAGGGGUCAGUGUGUAGGCGAAAAAUUGUAUUUCGUUUGUAGUUUUAACCGAACCGAUUUUAACCAAAACAGAUUUUACAUGAACAGCUAGGUGAGUAUAAGGUAACGAAAUAACCGUGCAAAACCGUAAAGUGAGGACCCGUGCUGUGCUGAACGCUGUGGGAACUAAUCCAGGUGGGUCAACUUACGGUUUGAGAGUCCCUGAGACACCAAAUGCGAUGCUGACCGGAGAGAAAGCCACUGGAUUAACGGAAAGCCCUGCUGCAGGAUUCCUGGACACAGCUUGGAGUAGGAGACUUCAUUGAGCAAAGGUGAAACGAAAAUGGCGUCUUGUAUGACCUGGAAGUGGAUCUCAUGCAAAUGCUGACCUCAAACAGUCUAUUCGUCUGACCAACUUCAGGCCAUGCCUUCCAAUAUAUAUAUGUAUAUUAUAUUCUUUUGGACAUAUGGUGACAGUACGUUUGGGUUGUGCUUCAUAAUUGGGACAAGCAUCUGCAAGAUAGGUAAUUAAGAAAUGUCCCUCUCCUUUACACUUUUAAAGGGCUUCCCCCCCGGCAAACCCACCUCAGUUCUUCCUUGUCCCAGCACGGGACGGAUCAAGCGUCUGUUUAAGGUGAGGCACAUAGGUUGCUGUCUGGGGAGGAAGCACAAUAGCCACCCGGGUGGUAGGCUGAGCAGGAUGGCUCCAUCCAUGGAGGUUCCGGAGCCCUUUCUGUUUGACUCUGCGCCGAGUAUGUUCCGGCUUGGGGAGUAUUGACAGUAUUGACAGGCUGUUGAUAUACCUUACGGUUCGUGGUUUAGUUAUAAUAUUGCAGUCGGUAAGUCAAGUGAUUUUAAAAAAAAAAAUACAUUUCUAUCUAAACAUGACUAUGUUUAAAUAGCUGAUAGACUGGCUCUUUGGAAGCAGCCUCUAUAUAAAGCAGUGGAUAUAACUUAAUUGCAGGGUUUUUUUUAAAUCAAUUGCUCCCGGUUUCAGUCUUCAGAAUAUUCCUGCACAACAAACCUCUGCUAAUUAAAGAUUCAUGGAAAUUACAUCUUUGUUCUUCUAUAAAAGACUUGAUUUAGGAUCUCUGUAAUUACCAGAGAGUUAACAUUACAAAUUUACCAUCUGACUCGUCUUCUAAUUGUUCAUUGUGCUGGCGUCUCUUCAUGGUUGGCACUGCAUCACUGAGGUCACUGUUACUUGUAAAAGAAAAAGCGAAAAAUUAUCAUAGUUUUUGUUCUAAACCAAUCAUGCAGAAUUGUCAUUUGUGUUUUCAAACAAUGUUACGUGAAAAAGAAAUACACAAUUGUGUAAUUUCUACCAUGUGGUAUAGCUUACAACCUUGCUGUAUGAAACCUUUGCAUAGGUAAAUGUGUCUUGGUAACGUUUUUAUAGUUUCAUGCAAUAAAUUAUCUGUCUGUCUUUGGGGUGACUUGGGGAUUGUCAUGUAUGAUUUCCCUAAAUCUUUAAUGCAACAUUUAAAGCACUAUAACCACUACAGCCCGCUUUUUAGUUAUGGUACUAGGAGUGCCCUGGCACCUUUACAGUUUAAUUUGUCUAAUGUUUGAAGAACAGUUUGACAACAUAUUUGGAUCAAUGGGCACCUGCAAUGCAUCUGGUCUUAUCCUGCAGGAGAAAAUACAUUCACUGAGCUAAGCCUGGCCAAUCCAGGACCUCGCACAUUGUCUGAGAUUUCUCAGCUGAUACAAAUGGCUAAUAAGUGGCCCUACUUAGCCCAGUCAUGUUAAACUGACUUUUCUCAAAGGAUAAUCUAGAAGUAUGGAGCCCAGUCAAACCCAUGUAAAUUCAUCUGGGAGAGUGCCAGGGCACUGCUGGCAUUAUAAACACUACAGCAAACUAUAGUGAACACUUCUUUCUCUAAUUGUAAGUUGCUUUUUUUUUUUUUUUUUCUCUUACAGCUUUUGGAGUGUGGUGGAAACCUAUUUGAUACAAUCUCUAUAGCUGUGAAAGCAGCCCUUUUUAAUGCAAGGUAUGAAUUGUUCUUUGUUUCAAGGUCCAGGCACUUGACCCUUCUAUUAUUUCAUGUUAAAGGUAUAUUCUAAGCACAAUAACCUCUAGAGUUGAUUGUAGAAGUUGAAGUACUCAAAGUCUUUGGGAGCCAUUCUCCAGUUUUCUGUCAAACCAUAUGAAGAGAUUCAGAAAUCAUUAAAUACAUAUUUGUAUGUUUUAAUGUUAUCAAUGAGUCUUAUUAUUAAUAAUGAGAAUUUAUUUAAAAUGAUCUGUCUUUUGAGUCAACAGCCACACUAUGGGAAAUAUGAAUGGUUGGGCAUUUUUUUUUUUUUUUUUCUCCUUUCCUUUCCCUAACUUCAUUUAACUUAUUGCUCUAAACAGCUAAAAUUACAUUCAGAUUAUUACAUGAUGUAAUCUUUUUUUUUUCUUUCAUAUAUGCCAUUCUAUUCUAAUAAAACUUAUAUUAAUGUGUUUUAGCCCACUGUUGUUUUGACACAUUUUGAUAUUUUUUUUUAGAACAGUUUUGAAGUGUGAAACACUAAGACAUAUAACGUAUAACUGGUGAACAUCAGGCAGAUAAGUGGGGGUCGGGGAGACAAUAAAGAUAUUUCUGUGAUCAACUCACUGGAGUCCACUAAGCAUUUGAAAGCAAUAAAAUUCACAUGUUUCUUUUUUACCCAUUAUUAUACUGUAUGAAGAAAAUCAAUCCAGAAGGCUGUGAAAUUGUGCAAUCCUGUGAUCUUAAAUGUUCAAACCUGCAAAGUUGGACAGAUGGGCAAGCUUCCAAAGUUAAAAGCAGAUGAACAAAAAUCUUUGUCAAUAACAAUUAUCAUAGUUCUAUCUAGAACGUGCAAGCUUACUUAAAAGUGAGAUCCUUUAUGUUACAGAAGGAGUGACUUAGUAUAACUAAAAGCAGUAUUUGUAAAACAAAAAACGUCCAUAUUUGGUAGUAAAUGUACUUUAACUGUACAUAAUGUACUUUAGCUUACAUUGAGGGGAAUACAUUUUAUCACCCCAAAUACAUAUUUGACAUGUUUAUUUAAUCUGUUUAUAUGAUUGUUUUUAUGGGGAUGGCAUAUUCUGUGUGUUUUCUUGCAGCUCACAGUAUAGGAGACUCAUUAAAUUUCUCUCUGAGUUCAUAUAUAUUCUUCUACCAAUGCCAGUAUACAGAAGUCCAUCAUGCAUUGCAUUCUCAGAACCUUAUCUAGAUCCUUACAGAGGAUAACCUUUAGGUUUCCAUGAAAAAUUAUAUAUGCAGAAAAAAUACUGCUCUUAAAUGAAGACCUGUUCCUCCAUAGUUGUAAACAAAGUGUGAUAAUAAUGUGAAACUAAUUUUUGGAAUUUAGGAUUCCCAAAGUGCGAAUAUUGGAAGAUGAUGAAGGAGCCAAAGAUUUUGAGCUAUCAGAUGAUCCUUACGACUGCAUGCGUCUGAAUGUUGCUAACGUCCCCUGCAUUGUCACAUUAAGCAGAGUACGUCCAAAUAUUGACACGUUUUGUUAAUGUUUUUAGGGAUAUUUGCUAAAUUUCUCUUUGGCAUUUCGGUGCCAAAUGCACAUAUGUGAUGUUAAAAAAUCAUUUGCGGAGGACCUCUGAAUCCCAUUUGUGUGGUAUUUUAACAUUCAGUAAAUUCAGUGGUGUUAACUGUGCAACCCUAUGAUUGGUUGCUAGUAGAACAAAAUGGAAAUUAAAUGUGUAUAUUUUAAUUAUGUUGGCAUUUCCAUACACAAUUACUUUCUCUUGUAAUCUAAGUUACCUGUACAUAAGUAUUAUAAUCUCACACUCCUUAAUUGCAUUUGAUUCAAUUAUGGGAGUCUUGGCUCAUUUUAAGGAUCCCAUAUAAUGUCAUUCACUGUCCAACAAUGAAUUCCCCCCUUCUCCCUUUUUUUUCCUUUACAUUCCAACUCUAUCGUUAGCAUUACCAUUGUGACCAUAUGUUUAUUCCAUAUGUGAAUUUAUUUGUUAAAGGAUACAAAUUUUGCAUUUAAAAUUAUGGAUUGUUUUAAUUUUAUUUUAAUAUGUAUAUUUUCAUUUACAUAAAGAUUGGACACAGACAAGUAGUAGAUGCCACAUUACAAGAGGAAGCCUGUUCCCUGGCUAGUCUCCUUGUCUCAGUGACCAGUACAGGAAUCCUAACUUUCAUGAGAAAGCUAGGCAGUGGCAGUCUGGAUCCAGAAAGCAUCUUUGAAAUGAUCGAGGUAGGAAGAAAAGUGUGUGUGUGUGUGUGUGUGUGUGUGUGUGUGUGUGUAUAAUAUAUAUAUAUAUAUAUAUAUAUAUAUAUAUUAUUUUUUAUUUAUUUAUUUUUUAUUAUUAUUAUUUUAUUUUUUUAAAAUAAGUUAAAUGUCUUCAGCAUAAUACACAUGUGUGCAACAUGUACAGGAAGAGCAUUAUAACAGAUGAGAAUUAUCUGCUACUCUAGACCUAUAUAUUACUUGUUGAUGUUGUUUACAAUAUUUUCAAUAUGAUUUAUUAAUUGAAGAGCUGCUAAAGUGUAUGUACAUUUCUUAAUUAUUUGACAUGUCAAAGAUCUAUGUGGUGUUGCCUAUAUGUUAAACUUAGUUAAGUUGAGCUGUAGAUAAUUUAUGUAAUAUUUCCUCAGCACAAGUAUGAACUUGUUUUAGUGUGUACAGAAAAGGUAGCUUUCAUCUUACCUGCAUAUGCCAAAUUAUUAUAAUUAAUUUUUUUUAGAAGUUUCACUUAUUGACUCUCAGGCAGCUAAAAUUAUGCAAGAAAACAACAACAAUAAGGGUCAGCGCUAAUAAAUAGAAAUUAAACAUUGUGGGUUAGGCAGCAACCCUAUGCAAGUGUUUCCCUCAAAAUACCCUUGAAGACAAUUGAAUACAGGAACACCAGGGUAGGGCUGCGCCACAAUACAACAGUGUAAUAUAGAUAUAUCUCUGUAACGGAUCACCUGGCACCCCGACUGGGUACCUCCGUUGAAGGAUGCUGCUAGCGCUUCCUGAGGACUCCAAGCACUGCAGCAGACACCACAACCACCGAACCGGAGAAGCAUACGAAUGCUCUCAAGCAUAUGAAUGCUGUAAGCAGUUGAACAGGAAAAGCAUACAAUCAGCUUACACUCCUGGCAAUCAGCAUACAAUCCAAUUCCCCCAAUAACGAGACGACACUUCGUUUUGAGGUCAAGCAGAACUGCCUGUACUGGCACAUACAGCCUCUUUUAUUCACAAUCCACAAACCUAGUACUGCCCACAGGGUUUUGAAAUACAACCAAUCAAUCCGUACAAUUCACACAGACACUCCCACACAAAAUCAUAUGAUUACCGAACACAAUGGUUAAUAUAAUUAUCACAGGCAGAGAAAUACAGUAUUAUAAAACAUAUCACAGGGACCCCAAAACAUGCAAUAACCCCAUAAAAGUAUAUCCUCGGAACCGGGGCAUCUGGGUGAACCACAUAUCCAAAAUUCACCCAGAUCCGUUAAGUAGUUUGGAAGAUACAGUUUAAUGCAGAUUCCGCGGAACAUAUACAGGCUAUAUGAAAAAUAAUUACUGUAUAAUGUGUCCCCUGUUGUAUAGUUUAAAACUACUGCACAAUGUCUUUGUGCACCAAAUACCGGCAAGAUGGCACCGUGUAGAAAAGUCCAAACUCUGUCUGUGAGUUAAAAUGGCCGCCAUCCAUUGUUCUCACCAUGUGCUUCAUCCAUUUUUCUCACCAUGUGCCUCUGAUACAUGAAAUGGUGGCCACCCAGUAACUCCACAGUAUAUCCCCAGAUGGUUCUUAAAUGGCCAGCAUCAGCACCACACAAAUCCAUUAUGCCCAAAUCAUGUCUUUAAAGGGCAAUAUAUCCCAGGGGCCAUAGUCACAUGGCAGGAGGCUGGCAAUCAGUCUUCUCCAAUGCCCAGUGGCGAGGUCGGUUUCGCCACAAUCUCUAUAUAAUCCACAAAGUUUUGUGUCAAAUGUUUGAAACCAAUUAGGUGUAAGAGUCAGACGAGGAUAUUCUUUAUGCUUCACCAGUGUCCUUAUAAGCAGAGAAGGGCGAUAUGAAAAUGAGGAAGCCAAUAGUGCAUUAAAUCUCACUGAGUAUAGGUAAAAUAGGAAAUAAAUAGGGUUACACUCAAAUUUGGUAAAGCUUAAGCCAGCUCUGGUGUGUAAAGUGUACAGCGGUAUGAUCCCCACUUAAAGGAUAUAACAUGAGUGUUCUUGGUGGUAGAAGAAUCAGGAACCCAAAAUGACAGAAAUAAAAGGCAACAAUAGUGCUCUCCAUAAGAUAAAAAAUAUAAUAAGAAUAAAUACUCCCAAACAUAGAGCAGGCUAACUGCUCUAUGACGACCGUAUAGGUGAUAUGAUCCCCACCUAGGAUUCUUUGGUGUAGAACAUGAUAAAAGUUGUAGGUGCCAGGUUGAUAAAAAAAAAUAAAAUAAUAAAAGAUAGUGGCACAAGUGGUAAAGUGACCAAAAUCUAUUUAUUAAUAAAAAAAAAAUCUAACAUUUAAAUGCGUUUCACCAUAAAAGGCGUUAUCAAUGGAGUAGAACUUAUCCUGUUCUACUCCAAAGGUGGGGAUCAUACCAUCUAUGCUGUUGUCAUAGAGAAGUUAGCCUGCUCUAUGUUUGUGAGUAUUUAUUCUUAUUAUAUUUAAUCUACUAUUUUAUAUCUUAUUGAGCGCACUAUUGUUGCCUUUUAAAUCUGUCAUUUUGGGUUCCUGAUUCUUCACAGAGGCUGCUAAUGGGGGUACAAUGCAAAGGUGAUUAAUCAGUUCAUGCACCUACGUAUUGUAAUAAAUCCCAUGACAUGGGAAGUUAUGAAAAUCCAAGACACAUUCUGACAAAUAUGUCUUCUCUAUUGGGAGAACACAAGUGAAUAUUGAUAUCUAUGGCUAUGUAACAAAAACCCUUAAUGCAGUAGGCUUUGUUGGGAGUAAACAGUACAGAACUCUUUUAGCAAGACUCUUGAGCUUUGCUUAAUUGAAAUCAGUCAACCAUAAAGUAUUUGUCGGUUUAGCCUUGAGUAGGUAGUCACCAGCAAUUAUAUAUAUAUGUAAAAAGAUCUGGGAGAGUGUUCAUGUAACACUUUGCAUGAACACUUUACAUGAACAUUCUCCCAGCAUUAUCUUACUAUUCUGUCAUAUGUACCAACACUUUAAAAUGCAUUCCUAUAUGUUUAUUCUAUCUAUAUACAAAGUACUAUGUGUAGACCUAUGCUUUCCCAUACUCGUAUGCAUGAAUGCUUAUAUAUAUUACUGUGCAUUUAUAUUUGUGUAUAUGAGUCCAUGUGCAUGUAUGUAUAUGUGUAUAUGUACAUGUGUUUAUGCAUUCACAUAUACAUAUUUCUGUGUGUGUGCAUGUAUAAAGUGUACCAUACUGUGCACUGUCUGCUUGUUUGUUUUUCUUUUCCCUCUCUCCCCCCUACUCUGCUCUUCAACAAGAUAUUUAUGACCCUCUGCUAAGAUGGUGUCUAUUUUCUAACAAACCUGUGUCUUAUCUACACUCAUGUCGCUUUAACCCCUGUAUCACAACUCAAAUUUGAAUUCUAUGUGUCAUUUUGCUCAGAAAUGCUUCAGACUUGAGAAAGGGAGGUUCUCCCGAAAGCUUGUCAUUAAAAAAUUCUGUUAGUCCAAUAAAAAAAGGUAUUACAAGAUAAGAAUUUUAUCUGUUUUUUACAUCUACAUCACUGGACUAAUACGGCUACAAUCUCUACUUGAACACAUUACUUACGUGAAUCUCUCUCUUCCACUGCUCCCAUUGCGAAUGUGCGCAGAUGACAGUCUGUAAACAACAGGAGUAUUCCACAAUGCUACCAGCAGAUGCUCCUGCAUAUUUGUGGAUUACUUUUUUUCUUUCUUUAAACCUCUAGGUUACAGGAUAGGAGGAUAGAAGUAAUGGCUAAGUAGGAGGGCAAACAUUAAUUUGAGUGGAUAUAUUCAUACAUAUUUUUUUUUUUGUAUUCCCUUUUUGUAUCACACAGCUAUGUUACAAUGCUGCCGACCAUCCCAUGUGUUCCCUAUCAAGGGUUAAAGGACCACUAUAGUGCCAGGAAAACAUACUAAUUUUCCUGGCACUAUAGCGCCCUGAGGGUACCCCCUCCCGCACGGCUCUGGGGAGAGGAAAGGGGUUAAAACUUACCUUUUUCCAGCGCUGGGCGGGGAGCUCGACUCUUCCGAUCCUCCUCCUCUCCGCCCAUUAGGCUGAAUGCGCACGCGCGGCAAGAGCUGCGCUCGCAUUCAACCGGUCGCAUAGGAAAGCAUUGUCAAUGAGACAGCCACUAGAGGCUUUGGAGGAAGGCUUAACCCAUUUAUAAACAUAGCAGUUUCUCUGAAACGGCUAUGUUUAUAAAAAAAAAUGGGUUAACCCUAGCUGGACCUGGCACCCAGACCACUUCAUUAAGCUGAAGUGGUCUGGGUGCCUAGAGUGGUCCUUUAAUAAGCAUGUAGGGAUGUAUAUACAAAAUAUCCCUCUCUGUCUCAUUAGAGAUAUCUUUGCCAGAAGCUCAAGGAAGCAAGGUGAAGGGUCAAUGUAGGACCCAUCUGAGGGGGUCUGCCUUGACGUUGGCAGGCGGGCAUUCCCUACAAUGGCCAUUGGAGUAACUAAAUUACCUCCAUUUGUUUAAAUAUACAUAGGGAUUUAGGAGAGAGCACAGGUAACCUUUUCUUUAAUUAUAUAUAGAUACUUACGUGACUCUCUCUCUUCCAGUGUGUAUCAGCGCAAAUAUGCGCAGAUGACAGUCUGCAAACAACACGAGCAUUCCACAAUGCUACUAGCAGAUGCUCCUGCAUAUUUUUGAAUGACUUUUUUUUCUUUCUUUAAACCUCUAGGUUACAGGAUAGGAGGAUAGAAGUAAUGGCUAAGUAGGAGGUCAGACAUUAAUUUGAGUGAUAAAGUGAUAGUCCUGUUUGUUCGACAAUUGCAGUGUAGUCACAAAUAAAAUAAAAAACAACUUAAUAUGAUUAUCAUGUGCUGUAUUGGUUAAAGUGGUCCGCAUCAGAAUAACCAUAACAGAUACAAAUCCCUUUAACUGUAAGUGAAGAGACAAAUUCAGCUGUCUUACUUGAUACCUUUUUCAGUAUAUGAGUAGUAUGUAAAUAUAUUUAUACAGUAUGGAGUCUGAAAAGUUUGUCUUCUACAAUUGCAAAAUAAACAAACCAUUGAGAUGUUUAAAUAGUUUAGCUACAUAUUGCAAUGUUUUCCAUACCCUUAAUUACACUAGCGUUAAUGCAUUCAACUAUGCACUGUAGUGUUUCAGUUUGUACUCACCAGCUGUUUAAAAUUGAGGCCAGAGGAGACCGCCUACAGCCGUGACAGCUAACUCUGGCCCUGCCACUGUUUCCUUUGAUGUUCAGCCAACCUUUAGGCUUCGUAGGCGUACAGGGCUCCUCAGGGUAAAUAGACUUCACACUCAUCAGUGGGUAACCACCCCACAACUGUAGCACUCAUUUCUUUCAGAUAAAUGAGAUGGAAAAACAAAAUAAAAGAUUAAAAUUAUAUUUAUUUUCUUUAUGAAUACUCAUUUCCAAGACUUUCAUUAAAACCUGAAAAAAAUAUAUAUUUCUAAAAUGCACUCAGAAUAUAAGAUCUGAAGGAAAUGUAUAAAAUAUGUUUGUAAAAUUCUUUCUGCUACCAUAUUUUUUAUUUUUAUUAUAUUUUAUUUUUAAUAUAUUUUAGAGUUUAUUUACCAGAUUGUGAGUUAUAAAAUGUCUUAUUUUAAUUUACACCUAAAUAGUGAAUUUGUAAAAAUUGCUGGAGACUUUUUUUUUUUUUUUAACUCUUCUAAUUUCCUACAUUUUGCAAGUCAUGUUUUUAAUAGCGAACAACCAAUUAUUGGUUUGGCUGAAAAUAUCAGUGUAAAUGAUACUGAUAUUGCUGAUACUGGUGAGAGGGGCUGUCCGCCCAGGGUGCCACUCACAUUGCAGAGUGGGCGGCUAGUACCCAGAACACAUUAGCUUCUUUUUCCGGCAGGUCCUCUCUACAAUUCUUGCGAGCCACAAGACUUCAAAGCAUUGCCAUGCGUUACACACGCGGCAUACCUGGCUCACAAGCGUUGUAUAGAGCACCUGCCAGAAACCGUAUAUAGCGUGUCCUGGGUCCCAGCCACCACAUCUGAAAUGUGAAACCCCCUGACAUCCUGCACAAAGCCACUGAACCACCAGGGUGUAUAAUAUCCCCCUCCACGACCGCAGCUAAAAUGCAGGAAAUGCGGAAGAAUAUAAAAAGGCCACUGGGGGGUGGGACUAGCCACUGACCUGAUCUGACGUACAUGCUGAGAGCUCCUGAGGGAGACCCACUAAAGCUAAGCAUAACUAAACCCACAACACCCCCAAAACUACCCAACCGAACCUGAAGAGAUGGGGGGGGGGAAACUAAGCUCCGCAAAAGCGAAGCAGCAUCCUACACUAAAUAUUGGUGCCCUGCUCCGUAGCACACCGCUGCCGCGGCCCACCAAAAUGGCGCCUGCGAGGGGAGACUCGGAAUCCGGCUGUACCAGAGGAUUCUCCAGACUCUGCCAAUCGUGGCAUACUCCGACAGAGAACAGCCAACACAGAGACGGCCUCAGUAAACAGGUGUGCCAGCCUUACACAGCACGCGGAGAACAUGCCGGCCAGCAAGGCAGACAUCAAGAACUUGCUGGCUGAAAUGAAGGCAUACUUCUCGGCUGACAUUGCGCUUGUCCGCCAAGACAUGGGGGCUAUAUCUACCAGACAGCAGUCCCUGCAGGACGAAGGGUGCAUCACCAGAGACCUACAGGGUUAACAGACUAAAACAGAUUACCCUAACCAUGGAAGAAAAAAUAGCUGUGUUGGAGGACUCUAAGCGGCAGCGCAACCUAAGGCUCCGCGGAGUUCCCGAAGACGACAUUGACACAGAGGUCCCACAUUAUCUCAGAAGGCUCUUAAGCGCAAUGCUCUCAUCACCCAGGGCAAAAACUAUACAACUCGAUCACUACUACAGGAUCCCCAAGUCUCCCAAAGCUCUGGCUGAAGCGCCACGAGACCUGCUCCUGAGUUUCCAGCUACUUCAGAGCAAACAGCUCCUACAAUUGAGCAGCCGAGAGUCACCUACCUUUCACUUAGAAGGCGCAAAUCUCUCCUUUUUUAAGGAUAUCUCCAGACACACAAUGAUCUGGAGACAAUCCCUGCAAAUGGUCCCAAAACUACUACGAGACAAUGGCGUCAGAUACUGCUGGGGACCGCGACGGAAGCUGUCGGUGCAGCAUGGCGUAAAGAGAAUAUACCUUACAAAAGUUUCAGAAGCGGAACGAUUUCUCAAGGCUCUGAACCUGCCAGCAAUAGAAAGCGCACAGGGACGUAAAGCAACCACUUCCAUAGAACUCACCCCCUCACUGUGGGACGUUGCCAAUAUCCAGCCAUUUUAUCCCAGACAGAAGCGGGCCACGAUGUAUUCAUUUUUGCGACUUGGAAUAAAGUUGGUAUAACGAAACAAAAUAAUAAAAUAAAACUUAAACAUACAGUCCCACUAGGUUGCAGAUAAUAAGCAGUCUGUUUAGUGUAUCUGAGGAUGUUAAUGUACAUUCCCAAAAAUCGUUGUAAGAAAUAGGCUAGUCUGACCCUAACCACUAUUUAUAUAGUGAGUACCUGAAUAGUCUGAAAGAUUAUGGACUGAGCACAUCUCCUGCAAACCCGAAAGGAGGGACAAAACCACUCCUCCGGGAUGUCCAAAUAGCAAAUAGUGGUGUCAUUCUCUGUAUUGGACCGCUUGAUAUUAUCAAAACCCCCGGCAAGCGGCCUGAUGCCCCGACCCCUGGAGAUUGAGUAAGAGGCAGAGCUCAAUGAGCACAGCAUGUUAUCCAGGGGGUUUUCCCAGUCAGCAACUGUAAAAGUUUGUGUGAUAGUCUGGUAAUAGUGGUGUAUUUAAAAGUAGGCGAACCAUGGGAGUGGAAGGCCCAUAAACACUCUCAGUGGUCUGCAAGUGUUAGGAAUUUCUGGCCAUCAUAAUCGAUAAAGGACUGAAGAGCCGCGAUCCCUUGUUCAGCCCAUGAGGUGAACGGGUGUUGACUUCCAGGGUGAAAGUUGAGGUUCUGAUUGAAUGGUAUGUGUAGUGAGUAGAUGGGGUUAUCGCCCAGUUUAGCUCUUGCUUGUUUCCAAGCGCUGAUCGGGGUAAUUAAGAGAGGAUUCGUUAAAAUGAAUAGGGAGCAAAUGAUGUGGUCUGUGGAGAAGGGCCGGUAGUGAAUCUGACCUUGCCAGAAACGACUCUAGAGAGAGUUCCGAGAAGCUUUGCUGGAAUUGAAUCCAGUCCAGCUGAGCUGCAAAACUGUAUUAUUUGGUAGGUUUAGCCCUCCAUUGGCCUUGUGUUGAUCUAAUUUAUUCAAACUAAGUACGUGCUCUACAUCCCUGCCAGACAAAUUGCCUAAGUUUCCCAUUUAAUAGGGCUUCAUCUUUUUUUUUGAGUAGCGAGGGGAGGACCUGAAGGGGAUAUAGCAGUCUAGAGAAACUAAUUAACUUGUAUAGAUUAGCCCUGCCUAUACAGGACAAGGGCAGUUUGUGCCAAUGAGUAAACUUAUUAAAAAUAUUUGUUCAAAUAGGUUGUAUAUUCAGUUAGUAUAAGAGCCAGGUUUUUUGGAAUUUUGACUCCCAAAUAUUUUGGCGCCGUUGGCUCCCAAUGGCCAUUUGUGGUUACACAGGCUGUCUGUUUAUGUUGUAAGUUUUUUACAAAAUUUACAAAAAUGUUUCCAAAGUAGCGUAACUUCAAUAUACGAAUCAAGUGUUGCAAGGUAAUACUAUCAAAUGCCUUUUCUAUAUCCAGGCUAAUAAGGGACCUAAAGCCCUAAAAUCAAAGUGAAUCAAAUAAAGAAAUAAGCGUUAUGCCUGACGCACGUUUCGGCGCUACAGUAUGCACAUUCGUCCGGGGCUAGUAAGAGUGGCUUCCCUAGUGUCUGUUUAUAAAUGAUUUGCGCCAAAUUGUUAUACCCGCCCCUAGCGGGAGACAAUCAAUCCCGAGCGAAAAGGGGGCGUGUCUUGAUACCGGGAGAGGAGAAUCUCCUCUAUCGGCGUGCAAUGAAUGUAUGCCGCUGACCCGGCUAUCUAAUGUGCACACCUACUGCCUGUAAAAGCCCACAAUAUAUUCAUGGCAAGAAAGUAUUCCAGCAUGUCUACAUUAGCAAUCCCCUGCUUCAUAGAGUUAAGAUGUAAGACCUAUUAUUGUCUUCUUGGACUGCAGUGUGUCUAUUUUAUAGGAACUUAUCCAUGAAGCACAUUCCCAUAUUUUGAUGAUAAUAUUGGAUUAUAGAGCUCAGUUUAAGUUACGAAUUUUGGAACAUGUCCGGUCAGUACGUUAUAAACAUGAUUAUACCCAUUUCUAGACAUCUAUGGGAAUAUCAUGCAGGUUGCCCAAGGAUCUACGUUUUGCAGGCAUUGAACACGUCAAUUUAGACCAACGAGGAGGAAAUCUAGACCGCCUCCUUAAACAAAGGGACUCCUUUUGGAUCUAUAAAUUCAAGACUCUAGCACCGGCAGGUUUGAAUGAAGGGUUUACAUAUACCCCAUUCCUAUAAAUGGUUGUGUCAUCUUCUCAUGUUUUUCUUACAUUUGUCAUCUAGUAUAUCCAGUAGUCUAUUAUGACGUCAUCUUUAUUAAAUUUAUGUAUAGAGUAUUUUUAUUUCCGCUAAAUCAUCAAGUUUCAGUCUUUUUAUCAGACCAAAUCUAUUAUGAUUCUUUGUAAUAGUUGCUUCCCUGUUCCAAUGGUGGAGGGAGAACUGGAUACCCCUUAAGGCUAUACAUCACCUACUUGAUUUUGUAUUCUUUCUAAUUCUUAAGAUAUUCGAUAUUGGUUCUGAAUGUAAAUAUUGUAAUCUAUGAGGGGGCUGAUGCCCUUCUUUUUUCUUUAAUAUAGAUAAUUUUAUACUAUCAGUAUUAACACCACAGACCUUUAAUGUCUUAAACACAGAGAGAGAAGAAAAAAUUCCAUUGUGUGUGUGUGUGUGUGUGUGUGUUUGUCUUACUUUAGGUGGUAUACGAAUUGGAUUUACAUUAGAUUGAUAAAGGUAUCCUUGCCCUUAGGUAUGAAAGUUAAUUCUCUGUAUUACAUUACUGAGCUCUAUAAUCCAAUAUUAUCAUCAAAAUAUGGGAAUGUGCUUCAUGGAUAAGUUCCUAUAAAAUAGACACGCUGCAGUCCAAGAAGACUGUCUUCACAAAUCUUUGACGAAAAGUACAAUAAUAGGUCUUGCAUCUUAUCUGUAUGAAGCAGGGGAUUGCUAAUGUAGACAUGUUGGAAUACUUUCUUGCCAUGAAUACACUGUGGGCUUUUACGGGUCAGCGGCAUACAUUCAUUGCACGCUGAUAGAGGAGAUUCUCAUCUCCCGGUAUCAAGACACGCCCCCUUCUCGCUCGGGAUUGGUUGUCUCCCGCUGGGAGCGGUUCUUUAUUUGAUUCACUUUGAUUUUAGGGCUUUAGGUGUUGGGAUUUUAAGUGUUCUAAUUAGUUUUUCAGUUCAAGUGGGGAGGCACUGGGAAGUGGCUCCGAGGCAAUCUAGCGUUUUGUAUAGACUAGCAAGGUGCUUACUUCUAUUUUGAUUUGGAGAAGGGCAGUGAGGGUAACCCUAUAAUGUAAUUCAGCUUUUACUGCCAGCACAGAGAGAAGCUUAAGCUUGGUCGUAAGCAGUUCAGAAGCUGUAACUAAUAGCAGUGUUGAUAGCAAGUAGUGAAAGUUUGGAGGUUUAAGCAUAUUAACUAUUGUUACUCUCUAACAUUAUAAAUUUCUCACUAAGCAGCACACUGUGUGCUGUUGAUUAGGAAAACUGUACAUGCGUUUUCUAUUUUCUUUGAGUACGUGUGGGGUUUAAACCAAGGGCAUUUUUUUGUAACUUGGGACACAGCUCUUCAUACAAUAAUUUUCCAAUAGAGACUAUGAUUAGCUGUGCUUAAAGGGAGCCUUGUUCUCAAGCCUGAUCACAAGGGCCAUUUUGACCCCCUACCUAGUAGAUUAUAUAUAUAUAUAUAUAUAUAUAUAUAUAUAUAUAUAUAUAUAUAUAAUAAUAAUUGUAUAUAACUGGUAAAUGGACAUUGGUACCAGUGUGGUGAGGGAGUAUUUCAGCGAGAAUGUACAGGUGGCAGAACUAGUGACGUGCAUCACACAGGGGACCAUUACGUCUCAUGGUUCUCUAGAACAGUACCAGAUUGUGGUACAGCUGUGGGGAUAGAGCUGGUUGAAGCUGUGCCAAUGGAAAAAAUAAAAUAAAAAUGGACAUAUAUAUUUAAAAAAAAUAAUAAUUAUUAUAACAGAGAAGGAACUAAAGUUUAUAUACAAGGGGAACAGUCCCCUCGCAGCUCCCAUGUGGCUAGCAUCGCAUGUGGCACUCCUCCCCCUGCAGCAGAUGUCGCAGUAUUCUCCCCUGUCUUGGGACAGCAGUCAGUUAGGUAAUGUGGUACUGCUUAUUUCCGAUCACUCGGGCUAGACUGCAAGGGUUAUUGCAGCCUAUCACAUAGGCCUUGACUUCCGGCGGUGGUGUGAGGUGAAAUGGGUGUCCUCCGGUCUCCGGAAAGUGUCUCUUCGAUAGAGCAGUGUGUGAUAGUGCCCGGGCACUUGUUGGGGUGCUCCGAUGCAGCACUGGUGAGUCAGAUACCGUCGGAUAAAAUUUCCCUGAAGCAGAGCCCACUGUAAGCGCGGCCAGCAAAGAUGGCGGCGGAAUCGCCGAAGUAUACUUUUUAUUUUAUUUUUUAUUUUUAUUGUGGUUAAUUGACCCUCCUCCUAUUAUUCUGGUUGUUUCUGACUUUAUAUACACACAUUAUUUUGCUUUUCUUCUAUUUUUAUCUAGAAUAACCAGGUGAAUUAUUUAAUCAUUGGAAUCAAAUGAGAUGUUCAACGUGUAUACAGUGUUCUACUAAUAAUCAUGAUUAUACUCCAGAGAAAAUCUUUAUUCAGAACUCCACACAUGCAAUUUAAAUACAUUGUGCAAAUUAUUAAAAUUACAGGUGCAGAGUGCCAGAAGUGAGAUAAUUUUCUCGAUUUAUUCUUUAAUAUUAAUGAACUUCUUCAGCUCUACAGUAAAUUUCCCUCAAGACUAGAGACAGUUGUUAAUCUCUUGAACAAAGUCUGGUUGUGUUUGAAAGGCAAUUUAAAUUGAAGAUGGAAAGGAGUCAAAUGUAAUAUAGUUAUUGUACUAAAAGGGAAUUGGUUCUGCUUGAAAGAAAUACGGUAUAUAUUUACCCCUGCUUAGUUCGCUGAGGUGGAAAAUGGUCUGUCUAUGGGGAUCUUGGGGGAUGCCCCAGAGUUAUGCUCUUUCGAAUGCACAAGAGUACAGAACAGAUGUCGUCUCAUUGCAAAUGAAGCACCUGAUGUUGAAGAAGAUUGUGGUGACUACGAGGGACACGUUCAGGUGAGUAAAAACUACCUUCCUCUGCAUCCAGGGCCACUACACUCUCAGCGGUGCAGUCAUCAUCUGUGAUCUUUGCUAAAUAUGCAAAGACCCAGAAGGUGACAGAGACACUUUAAGGCCUGGCUAGAAGAAAAGUACUUCAAUUAUUAUUAAAGGACCACUAUAGUGCCCUGAGGGUGCCCCCACCCGCCCGGCUCUGGGGAGAGGAAAGGGUUAAAACUUACCUUUUUUUCCAGCGCCGGGCGGGGAGCUCUCUUCCUCCGAUCCUCCCUUUCGGCUGAAUGCACAUGUGCGGCAAGAGCUGCGCGCGCAUUCAGCCGAUCUCAUAGGAAAGCAUUUACAAUGCUUUCCUAUGGACGCUUGCGUGUUCUAACUGUGAUUUUCACAGUGAGAGUCACGCAAGCGCCUCUAGCGGCUGUCAAUGAGACAGCCACUAGAGGAUUUGGAGGCUGGAUUAACCCUAUUAUAAACAUAGCAGUUUCUCUGAAACUAUGUUUAUAUAAAAAAAAAAAAAAGUUAAUCCUAGAGGGACCUGGCACCCAGACCACUUCAUUACGCUGAAGUGGUCUGGGUGCCUAGAGUGGUCCUUUAAGUCCUGAUUUUAAAAUGUGUUUAUUAAUUUUUUUAAGUAGAAUGAAUUCUUAAGUACAGUUUUUAGGGAUUUCUUCUUCCUAAUUUACUAUUGUACAUAUCACGUGAGACUAUGUCCUUCUAGGCUGCAGCAAUCCUGAGCAAUCAUGUUUCCACAAUCCUUCCUGAAAUCAAACUGCAGAUGUCCAGAAACCAACCAUCCAGACUGUACAGUUUUAACCAUAUCGUCUCAUCAACCGGGUGCCAGUUCUGGUCCGAAUUGAAGUCUUUCUGCUGGCUUAAGAAUAGCAAAAUAUCAAAAACGUUAUGAUGAGAGCAAAACAUAAUAUUUAUUGCCAUCUUGUAUUUGUUAUAAUACAUGAUAUUUCUAGUAUUAUAAUUUAGACCCCUAAUGUUAAGUAUUGUAUGUUAAGCUGUAAGGGGAGUACAGGAGGAUACAUGUCCUAGUGUAGCCUGAGAUGUGCGGGAGUUCGUCUUGGACUGCAGUUAAUACACAGUUCACUGUUCUAUAUCCUUUCUAUAAUCUAUCCAAAUAAGCUGUUUUGUCUGAAUUUUUCUGUUAUGUUCACCACCUUUCUCUGUUAAGUGAAUAAAUCCAAUUGAGAUAAUCAAGCAUGUUCCCUUGACUAUAGAUAUUAAUACUAAUUUUAGUGGUAUUUUAUUGGCUUUGGAGCGAUGAAUGGGUCAGCUGACCUUGUUUGGCAUCAAAUCUGUAACAUUCAGGUUUGAAGAGAUUGCGUAGUUGGUACAUUUACCAUCUUGUCUACCUUGUUAGCUUUGUAUCGAUACUGCCUUUGGGAAUUAAUGCACAUUUGUUGCAGUAAACCAGCAGCGAGAACCAGGAAGGAUGUAUAUGGUCCUAACUAAGAACAAAGUAGACUGCAUCCUAGUAAUUCUAUGCAGAAUUUACAAAUGUCACUAUAUCAUUGUGUAUUUAUGAUGCCUUUUGAAAUCUUUAAUGGUGUAUUAUACUCAUGUUCUUUUCACUUGUUUAAGAUGUUUUAUUGCAAAUAUGAGCUGUGAAAUCCCUGUAUAACUGUCUAUUCUCUCAAAGUGUAUUUCACUUUUUUAAACUUUCUUUUUCUCUGCAGACAGGAAAGCGUGUUGCAAAAUCAUUGCACGUUUCCCUACAAAGUGUAUUAAACCAGGAAGAAAGUUUGGGAAAGAAGAGACAGAAGAUUGGAUUCCUAAGAUGAAGACUCUAAAUGUGUUAUAUUUCUACGGAAAUUAAUAAAAUGACAUAUUUUUUCAGACAUCCAGCUGUGACAUUUUAUUUCCUGUUUUGUGCUGGCAGUAGGCCAUGGCUGAUUCUGAAUAGAUAAGUGAG